AAGAAAAGGGAGCCGGGGGUGAUGGAGCAGCGGCGUUCGGAACGGGGGUGAGGGAAGAGGAGUGGAGGGGGGGGGGGACGGCGAGCGGCGCGCCUGCGCAGUCCGCGCCCUCGCCUGCCUGCCUGCCUGCCUGCCUUCGCGGAGCAGCCAAACCCCCACCUCCCCUUGCGCGCGCGCGUGUAUAUGUGUGUGUGUGGGGCGCAGGCAGCGGCUCCCUUCUCUGCCGCCGGACCCACAGCGUGCCCCCUCCCACAUCCCCUCCCCUUUCCUUUCCCUUUUUUUAUAAUUUAAACCUCAGGAGAUUUCCUGCGCUUCUCUCUCUCUCUUUAUUUUUGGGAGUCCCCCCCCUUUCUUCCUCUCUGAGAGGGCUGUUUCCUCCCCCCCCCAAACCCCCACAAUGGCUCAGAUACUCCCCAUAAGAUUCCAGGAGCACUUUCAGGUGAGCAACUAUUGGGGGGUGGGGUGAGGGGAAAGGGAUUCCCCCCAUCUUCCUCCCCCCCUCCCCACUCAUUUCAGCCUUGAGGGGAUGGGGAAUGGAGGGGAAAGGGUGGGUGGGUGGCUUGCGGCCUAGUGUGGCGGUGGGCUUCCCCCCCACCUGGGGGAGGGGUUUGAAUGGGGUUGAGGGGCGGGAAGACUCCUUGGGAAAGGGCGAGGGGUUCCCUUCUAGGGGGGUGGGAUGGGGUGGGGAAGAGGGCCAGAGAGGAUGAAUUGUGGGGCAGGCAGGCAUCUCUCGGGUGGUGGGGUUGGGGUGGGGGGGCUCUCCUCUUUCGUUUUUAUAAGCCUUUAUUGUUUGAUAACCUUUUAUUGUUUCCUUUUUAUAACCCUGUAUUCAUUCCUCCUUCAGGCAGGAUGGCGCAAAGCCUUCCCUGGCUUUUAAUUUGUCGCUUGGGGAAUGGUGGUGGGGAACAUAUAUUUAUAGAUUGAUAGAUAGAUAGAUAGAAGACAGACAGACGCAUAUAUACACGCACAUGCAUAUUGUAAAAUCAGAGUCGUGCUCUUCAUUUCAAUUAUUUUGCCCUUAUUGCACCUGAUUCUGGCUUGGUGAUGUUUCCUAGUUUUUGAUGGCAGCCUUUUGCGGGUAUUUGUGCAGAGUCACUGGCUGCCUGAAUGACUGACUCCCCUCCUCCUCCCCCUCUCUCUUUUUUUGGUGUGUAUGGAGAGGGAGGCUCCGAGUUGCUUGUCUGCAUUACUACACCAUAAGGAAUAUUUGUGGGGAAGGGAGUGCAGAGAAGGACAUCUUCACAUUAGAGCAUGGAAAACGGGCCGCACCUGCGUCCCUGCAUUUCUGGUUUUUUUUCCGGCCGAUCCAUCGGUUGUGGGGUGGUGGCCGCGGCUUGUGUUUGGGAACCUCUGAGCCCUGCAAAUGGAUCUGCAAGAUGGGGAAGGAUUGAGCAAAUAGAUUGCAUCUUGUUCCCGAGAACGGCAGGGCUCUGGAAAUCUGUUCCCUUCUACAGUACUUCUGUCUCUUCUAGAAGCAUUCCUGAUGCCACUUUAAAAACAAGAACACAACGCUACUCACUUGGAGGAUGGGCUGCUUUAAGGAAAUUGAUCCCAGUCUCAAAUAGUGAGGCAAAGACUGCAGAUAGUUACGGGAAAGAACUGCUAUUUGGGGUGGGGAGAGGAGAGAGAGAUUGCUCUGAAUCAAGUGUAGGGGGAAGUGUUUGCUUAAGAAAAGGCAGUUUAUGGCAGGAAUUAAAGGAAUUCUCUCAAUGAAUGAGAGAACAGGAAGUGGACUUGGCAAAUGCUCCCUCCUUUACCCCUCCCUUCCCCUCUUAGGACAGAGGCAUCCAUUUCAAAAUGUGAACUGCCUGGUGACACCAUGCCUUUUGUCAGUGUUUAGUACUGGGUGCUGAAUUUUACAUUUCUCAUUUAGUGUUGUUUAAACAUCUUAGGUUUCCCCUAGUGAGUGGUAUGAGCUAAGUGCUUCAUAGUUCCCAGGCACACAAGAUGUAGUUGUAUUACGCACUUGGUCCUAUAGACGUUUCUCCAUAUAGCUGAGUAACAGCAACAAAAUACCGUAAAAAUGAAAUUGGGGUGUGGGAAGUAAGCUUAAUGACUAAGGGCUUAUUAGUCGGGUGCGUGUUGACUUGGAAGUAAGUUCCACUGUGUUCAGUGAGACAUAUGCCUAGGAUUGCAGACUUAAAAUUCUCCCAACAUUUGUACUCCACAUGAGUUAAGUCUCAGAUUUGGAUUCACAGGAAGUAUUAGUUGCACAUAAGUAUCACAUUUCUAUUCAGCUUGACUUUCCAGUAGAUUCCUUAACACUGCAAAUCACUUCGAUUCUAUGGCUAUCUUCAAACUUUCUUAAAAAAUUCUUCUGAUUUAGUUCAAUCACUGUUCUUCAGCUAAUUGCCUUCCAGAUUCCUUUUUCAGUUGAUUUCGCAUUCUGCAUAAUUUCUUCGGUUUCAUUAGCCGCUGGGCUUUCUGGUCCUUCAGCUUCUCAAUAUUUAUUUCAGUUAUGUCCCUCUGUUCCUCCAAAGAGUUCCAGAUGGUGUACAUAGCCCCUUCCCCCUCUCCAUUUUAUUAUCACAGCAAGCCUGUGAGGUGGUUAGACUGAAAGAUGGUGGCUGCCACAAGGUCACCCAGUGAAGUACAUGGCUGAGUAGGGAUUUAUAUUUUUGUACCCCCAGUCCUAAUCUGACUCAACCACUAAAUUGUACUAGCCAGGACCUGUGCAAUGUUUUAACUUAGCGGAACUUGCACAAGCCAUAACACCAGCUUGGUCAGUGAGUGAUGGAAACAUCACUGCCAUAAGUACAAUAAAGGAUAAGCUGAACUUCAGUUUUGAACAUGAGUGACUGCACUAAAUACUGAUAUGGUCACUGCUGUAACAAGACAGUGUUAACGCUGGCAUUCCAUAUAUAAAGGAAAAAGGUUCAGACUCGAAAUACUGGAUUUCUGUAUAUUAACCAGACACAAGCUGCAGGUAUAGUUUUAGAAGGGUCAGUACUGACAGAUUGGUGUGUAUGGUGUGGACAUCUCUCAGUAUCUUUCUUUGUGGGGUAAAUAACAUAAACACUUUUCUAAAUGGGUACUCUGGGUGUUCUGUUGUCCCACACAACUUCCUGGGAGACUUUCAGAUCGUCUACAAAGUUUUGGGAGGGGGGGAAGCAGACCAAUUUAUUAUCAUGUAGGCUUGGUAUUUAACCUUUUACUUGUGUUUCAACAGAAAAUGAGAUAACUCUUUUAAAAUUACAUUUUAAAACUGUAUUUUAACUGGAAGAUAAUAUAGUUACAAGCACUCUUAAAAUAGACUCCAGAAUCCCUCAAGCUGGUUGUUGUUUUGUUGGACAACUUGGUGCAAUAUGUAGAGUGAAUUAUAUCAAUCUGUGGGGCGUUUGCCUACCUUCUUGAGUUGUAAUUCCACAGAUCCUUAUUGCUUAGCCCAGGGAUGGGGAACAUGUGGCCCUCCAGAUCUUAUUGGACUAAAACUCCCAUCAUCCCUGACCACUGGCCAAGCUGGCUAGGGGCUGAUGGGAACUAUGAGUUCUGGAGGGUCACAGGCUGACCAUCUCUGGCUUAGAGAUGCCAUUGCCAAUCAUAAAAGGUGCUAUACAGUAUUUUCAUAUGUAAUCAUAAGCCAUUGCAAUACCCAAUACAUUUUACUGUAACAUGAAUUACAAAAAAAUCCCUACUCAUCUACUGUUUAACUCAACACUUCAAUAACAGAGUUGACAGUCCCCUACUAUCUGACAUUCUUCAUCUCUCUUCACUAUUGAAAUCUUGCUGGCGAUCAUAUGGGAUUUUGCCCAUUUAAUAAACAAAACAGCAGAUAGAAUGAUAGCCAAGUCAAAUAUGAUCUGGUUUGUCAGCAAAAAGGCCAGUAAGUCCUCUCCCAGUCGAGCCUCUUUCCCACACUCAGUGACUUUGCCUGUCCAGGGCAAUUAUAUAGACUGUACUGUUAAAGGGGUGUCACUUUGAACUGCCCUAAUGUAACCAAAUAGUUUGUCUUAUGCAAUCUUGCCAGGAAAAUUACUCUUGCACACUUUGGAUAGUUAAGUUUGGUUCUGUAUGGUAGAAGAGAACUCUUGAUACUCAGCUUUAGGUUGAAAGGAGAUAGUCUUUAUAUAUUAAUCUCUGCCAAUAACUCAUAAACCUAAAUCCAUGAUACACUGCCUUAUCAGGCCCAAAACUAUAUAUGUUUGUUUUCCUGGCUACCUUUGAUAUUCUGGCUGCUUUGUGGCUGCCCAUUUGUUUUGGAUAACAUAAUCCAGUAAUAGUCCUACUAUUUACUAAAGAUGCCAACUUCAAUAGAUUAGCUUUGUCCCUUAACAGAAAGGAUGACAUACCAUAUGGUACUCAGUUAUUGAUUUUGAAUGGAUCCAAUCUUCUUCAGAUCCAUAUUACCCCAAAGCUGUGCUCUGUUGAGCAGCUGACCCACAACUUUUGCCUGAAAAAACAUUUUUGAAGUGUAUGUGGAGUUCAUUGGGUUAGAAUUCUGCCCUGGAAGUAUUUGCAUUUUUGUUUCUAGAUCAUGGUGUAAGAGGGAAAUCAAAGUACAGGCAACUCCUCACUUGUGCACAAUCUAUUUGAGUGUGACUGCACACACGUGUGGGAACACAAGGCUCGCAAGGAGACCCUCCCCGGAGCCUGAAGAGGACAGAGAAGAGAGAGGGGCUUUGUUUUGGAUGCUCUGCCUACCUGCCUAACAGCUGAUGCGUGGGAAAGUGCCUGCUGCUGCUGCUGCACUACCCUGUAUGUCAGCUGCUAGGUGGGAAGGCUGAACAGCCUCAACAAAGCCCUGCUGUGCCUCUGGCUUGCGAGGAGACCAUCCCCAGAGCCCGAAGAGGGCCACCUUCAAGUUCCAAUUCAUUCAAAGGAUGUGGCAUAGUUCGGUUGUGUUGAUUUUUGGAGAGUCAUGGAGGAGCUAAAUCUCUUCAAAAAUGAAAUGGAAACGCGGAAGAAUAUCCUGUUCGUCUGAUUAAAAUAGUUUGUGAUGUUUAAUUAUUACUUUUGUGAAAGCCUGGCAUAAGUAACAACUGCAUGCCAGCAUCUACUAGCAUUCCUUGAAUUUCUGAUGUUUAGAUCAGGUAGCCUACCUGUGAGAUGAGUUGUCUAAGACAUCCCUGAGACAACAUGCAAGGUUAUGGUCUUAAGGCAAGAACCUUGGUGCAAAGCACUGAAAGCAUUUCAAGUCUCCCAGCAUCUUAUGACAAAAACGCCAUGAGCACACCUACACAUUCUUCUAGAUGAGUAGCUGGCAAAUCAGUAUCUGAAUAGAACCCCUCUCUGACAGAAUAAUUUCCUAAGGAGAAUGCAGUCGUGCUGAAAGUUCAAGGAGCAGCACUGAGGCUUCAAAACUGAUUUCAUCGAUUCUCUUCAUCAGUUCCAUCCAGUUGUGCAGGAACAAAUAGCUAGGAAAUAGUUUUGAUUUACCAGUUUUCUGGCAACAUUUUCUCACUAAUGGUUGUGUAGUAGCAAACCACUUACUUUGCAUGGGCUUUGUUAGUAGGUAACAGCCAGUGUCAGAAACUGAGAUAUGAAAGCUUGGAGCUAAAUGGCACUUUAAACAUAGGUUAUGGGUGCAACAAUAGAAUGUCUAGGCGUGCUUUUUUUAAUAUAACGAAAAUAAAAAGCUGAAAAUGAACUGCAGCUAAACUGUUCAUUUUUCACAUGGUCUAGUCCUUCCCCUGCCCAGCCCCUAAUAUUCUUAAGAGAGUCUCUUCUCCAGUCUACAGAGAGUAGCUGUAAGUGAGGAGGCAGAAAAAGGUCCUCCUUUUCUUCUACUCUGCAGUUUUAAUCUGAAAUCUUAGGCGCAGUACUGCACCAAGAGCUCAGAAACUGCUUGUGCUAAUGAAAUUCCCUGUUGCAAAACAACAACAACAAUUAAUAAUAAUAUUUAUUUAUUUAUUUAUUAUUUAUACCCUGCCCAUGUGGCUGGGUUUCCCCAGCCACCCUGGGUGGCUUCCAACAAAAGAUUAAAAUACAAUAGUCCUUCAGAUAUUAAAAGCUUCCCUAAACAGGGCUGCCUUCAGAUGCCUUCUAAAAGUCUGGUAGUUGUUUUUUCCUUUGACAUCUGGUGGGAGGGCAUUCCACAGGGCGGGCGUCACUACCGAGAAGGCCCUCUGCCUGGUUCCCUGUAACUUGGCUUCUCACAGUGAGGGAACCGCCAGAAGGCCCUGAGGUCCAGUGCCGGGCAAAAUGAUGAGGGUGGAGACCUAGAACAUUGCGCCUAGGAUGUGCCUAGAACAUUGGGAGUUUUGAACACUGGUAACAGCUAAGCCAUUAACCAUGGUUUACUGAACUAUCCUGUGAAUACAGCCUAGGUGGCCCUGCUUUGCUCCGACCUUACUCGAAUGGGGAAGAAAACGACAAAUGGCUGGCUUAGCAUUACAUCUGAACCCAUGCUUGUGGUUUGUUUUGCCCAGGCAAGCCACAUUUGGGAAGUGACCAAGAAACCAUUGCUUCCUGCUUGUGGUUUGUUUAGGCAUAACAAAUCAGGGUUUUAACUUAGUGCUUAUGGUAUGUAUCCCCACUCAAGACGAGAAGUGUGAAGCAGCAGUACUCAGGCUGCAUGCACAUGAUAGUUCAGUUAAUUCUUUGAAGCUGCACAUGGAGACAGCCAGUGUGACCCCAAAGUACAUGUUUACUUGCAUUCCUAUAUUGGAGUAUUUGCUGCCUGCCUAUCAUAAUUGCACAUGAUUCCCACUGGAAAUUGGGUACGUGAAUAAUAUAGGCAGGGAUAAAAUCUGCUUGUAUAGAAUCUUUUCUUCUGUAUUGGGGUGGGGGGUAUUCCUUUUCCUACAUAUGAACAUUAAAUGCAAUUUUAAAAAAGCAGCCAACACCUUGACUAAAGAAGCCCCUUGUGUACUUCUGUAAAUGCAGUGUGGCCUCUUCUCCCCCACCCUCAGUCCCCCCAGUUGUAUAUCUCCUGCUGUAUUUGGAGAGCUCACCUUGCUGCAGUGUAUCUAAAACAUAAUCUCAAGGAGACUUUGAUUCUGUGUUCUUCCUUCCCUAAGCUUCACUCAGGCUUCUUCACAUUUACUCAGAAAAUAAAAGUGCAGUGCUUCUCCUGAAGAUGCUCACGCCUUCACUUCGAAGGCUCUGCAAGAGUACAGAGUUGGUUGUGAAGACCACUUCUCUGCUACACAAUAGUAAAAGGGAUGGUCUUAAUUUAGCCUUCAAGACAGUUUGGCCUUCAAGUCUUGGUGUGUAGGGGAGAAUUCCAUCCUGAUCUGCUAACCAUGGCUAAAAUGUGCUUGCAAAGUAUGGUUUGGGCUACCUCUGAUUUUGCGUUACAUGUGCUGGAGUUCUUGCUAAUUGUUGAAUAAUCAGAAACUGAAGAGGGAGGUGUGGGAGAUGACUAGAUAUGUCUGGCUGGGGUUGCAGGCAUAGAGGCUUGAAGAAUAGUUGUUCAUUCCAUCCCCCAGCACAAUGACUGAUCAGACUUGGCUUUGUCUUUGAAUAAACUUGAAGCCUUGCAAGCCCUUCAGAGGGAAUGACCUUUGUUUGGGGGCAGCUUGACAGGCCCUUUUGAGAGUUAAGUUGUUCUACCACUACCACCCCAGGCAAUUGCAGGGGAAAGGCUGUUCAGCCUGUAAUAACUAGAGAUGCUCUAAAAGGUUGGGUAAUUUCUUCACUGGGAUCAGGCAUUAUGUCACAGAAUAGUGGCAAGCUUUUCACCUCUCCACAACUCUUCAUCAUGCAAGGUGUUACACAAAAUAGGAGUGGAGAAAAUAAAGAAGCUGUAGUAGAAAAAAUGAAGCUGGAUGUUGCCGCUUUAAGACGCAGUUUUUAGAAGCUCUGUACAUUUUUCAGUUACUUCAGUUGUGGAACACUACAUCGCUGUGGAAUACCUUGGGCAAAAAGGUUCAUGACUGAAUUGGAAAAAGAAAAGUGUGUAUAAUGGAGAAGUGUCCAAAUAUUUACAGGUCUGUGAAAAGAAUAACUAUUGCAGUAAUUGCUCUCUUUGCAGUUUCCCCUGGGGAUUACUUGGCCUUUUAUCUAUCUUUGUCAGCUAGUAGAAUAUUGGUAGAGUUUCAGAGCUGGUCUGACUACAGAAAAACUUCAUUUAAUAGGAACACCGAAGGGCGGAUAUAAAGUGACCUGCCUAGAACAUUGAGCCAGAUUAAAGGCCCCCUUAGGGCCUUCAGAUUUCCACCUUUCUGAAAAUAGCUUAUAUAGAUACCUUCCCAUGCUUCUGCCAUUGCUACUGAAGAAUCUAAGACUCUUCAUGUUUGUGAAUAUGGAACACAGACCCUGCAGGAUCUGAUUGUUUCUGCAUGGAAAUUGUCAUCUCUAGUCAGCCCAGUUAGGGCUAUACUGUACAAGAUUGAAUGAUCUCUGCAGGACUAUAUGAGAUUGAAUAAUCUCUGCAGAUUUAAAGAUGGUACAGCAAGUAUACUGAUGUGUUUGUGGGCAGGACUUGAAAAUGUCGUGAAAGCUGUACCAGAUAAACCAGAAGGUACUGUUUUGAUAGCAGCCCUUAUUUCAUACAAAGGUGUGAUCAAACUUUUAGUUAUGGAAUUACUUCUCUUUUGGGUGGGGGUGUGUGUAGGUGGUAUGCAGAAGGAAACACACUUUAAAUUAUAGAAGGGGUAAUACAACAUUUCUAUUAGCUGCUAUUUUUAUGCCUAUUACAAACCGUUUCCAGUCAUGUCUCAUGAGAACAGCAUGUAAGUGCAGUAAAAACUGCCUGUUGAUGUAAGAAUGGAACGUUGCCGUAACUGGAUGGCAAAUAAAUAUGGCAAGGGGUAACCUCUUCUUGCUUAUUUGGUGUUCCAUGAUAAAACUUGGAAAUAUGUUUGUCUCUCUCAGUAAACAGUUUGCUUAUGUGCUGUAUAUACACUGUGCUCAAAGCUGCUGACAGAAAGCAGACAAAUACAAUGAGCACAAUAUUUUAGAUACUAUUUUUAGGCCACCUUUCAUUCCAUAGAACCAUGGGCAUUGUAUACAAGAUAUAAAAACAGUGCAACAUUAAAACAUGAACAUUGCAAACAGGACACUAAAUUCAGCAGCAGUCAUAAAAGUGAAGCUUUAGAUGUAACUCAGAUGCCUGGGUAAAAACAGAAAUGCGUCUUUAACUAAUGCUGGAGAAUUGGCAAAGAGGGAGGCAGCCGCAUUUCAAACAGUAGGUAGUUUCGCAAGCAGGUGCCACCACAGAGAAGGCCUUCUCCUGUGUCACUACACAAUGGACUUCACCCUGAGAAGAGACAACUCAUCAGAUAUCAAUGCUUAAGUUAGCAGAUAUGGGAAGAGACAUUCCUUCAUGUAUUUGGGUCCCAAGUCUUGUCAGGAUUCAGCUUCAGCUCACUGGCUCUCAUCUAGCACUUGUACAGCUUCUCCUGAUAUUAAGAUCAUGCUGGGUGUUGGCAACAUAUUGAUGAACUUAUACUUCAAAUCCCUGAAUGACUUCACCUGGUAGCUUUGUACAGAUACUAAACAGCAUGGGAGACAAGAGGUAACACUCUGGAUUCCAUAGCAUAAACACCAUGGAGUUGAGCAGCAGUUUCACAAUGCUACUCUCUGGUUGCAGUCCUACAGAGAGGGUCAAGUCUCUGAACCCACAGAGCUGCCUCAGGAGAAUACAGUGGUCAGUGGUUUAAAAUGUCACGAAGACAUCCAGGAGAAUCAACAAAGGUUGCACCCCUCCCAUCUGUCUCCCAGAACACUUCAUGAAUUAAACCCAGAUUAAAGUGAGCCUAGAUAUUCCAUUUUUUCUGCCGCCCCUCCCACAGAGAGGCAUCUCCCCCACCCCCAGGCUCACAAUAGCCAUAUUAAACAUUAGAAUACCGACAAUAUAAUAUGGACAAUUGAAACCUUAAAAAUUAAAUACAGCAAUUUGUAUUAAGAGGUCUAAGGGUAAGAUGUGUAUCCCAGAUUGCAGCAAAAGAAAAAGAUAAAACAGACAAAAUUGAAUGAAUGAGCCUCCAACCCUAACAAACUGAUGGAUCUUCGUAAUUUUUUUCUGGGACAAUUGUACCAAGGAAUGUAAUUGAACAUUUAUUGUAUAAAAAAAUUAAUGUGAAUAUGACAAGCUAAAUUUAAGAACUUGCAAGCCCUGUCCUUCCUUAUCCUACUCUCUCAGCGGGAUGUUGGAGAAACUCAACAGGGUGUUGGAGAAACUUUAAAUUGAUUCAUAUAGCACCUCUAAGAUGCUGCAACUUGCAUGCCUUCCAGCUAUCAGUUCCUUUCAUUUUUAACGUAUGUUUUGUUGGAUAAUUUUAGAAAGAAAUAAUCAUAUUCAAGGGCUUAGUGGGUCCUUCUUUUGCUUUUUGUUGGACUUCUGUGUUGAUGGUUCCUGGUUCAUAGUUAACUGUAAUCGGUUUACUUCUGUCAAAAGCUAAAUAUCUCAAGUAGACAAUCUUCAGUAGAAGCUUUUGAGUCUUGUGCUACUGACAAACGUACAAUGUCGCUGGCUGGUUCCCCACAGCAAAAUGCUUGAAAAUGGUUGUCUUUAUUGGGGGAAGGAUCAUAGCUUAGUGGUUGAGCAUCUCCUUUGCAUGCAGAAGGUCCCAGAUUCAAUCAUUGGCAUCUCCAGGUAGGGCUGGGGAAGACUCGCUGCCUGAAGCCCCAGAGAGCUGCUGGUGCUCAAUAUUGGCAGUACUGAGCUAGAUGGACCCAAUGGUUUGACUCUGUACUAGCAGAUUCCUGUCUUUCUAGGACAAGUCUACAGGGUUGCUGACGGAAAACUUAAAGCAAGGAACUUCCCUCGGUCCCAUUCACUGAAUGGAUUUAAAAUGAGGCGUAUUGAAGUUGCACACAGGCCACAACGUUCUACUUCCUGUUGGUGCGGAUAAAACUUGCUUCAGUGUAUAGACUUGCUAUACACUAAACAUGUUGCCAUUUAUGGCAUACAAUCCAGCUAAUAAACGCUGGAAUAAUAAAUAUGGGGAAGAUUAGCACAAUAGCUUGGGAACGUAACCCUGCAAAAACAUUCUUUCAGCAAGAAUGUGAAGGUCAUGUGUGUUUGAGAUGUGCAAGUUGCUAUGAAAUCUGGAAUAAAGCAACUAGAUUGAGCGAAACUAGAAAUGUUGAACCCUGCUUCAAUAUUGGGGGAAUUGGUACCAUGUGAUACAGCGUAUAACAGAGGGUUUCCAUGCCAGAGAUGCCAGUGGCUCUGAGUCAACAUAUGUUAACAAACUGCUCUGGUAACUAGGAAUCUAUUUCCAGAGAGGUGGGUGUGUUGAGGCUGUGUUGAAGCAAAAACAGAAUAUUGUGGUACCUUAAAUAAACAACAUGUUAAAAGAUUUAACAAAUGAAUUGUGUCAUCAUCUUUCAUGGCCUCUCAUCCACUUCACCAGAGAAAAGCACAAGAAGAGCUCUGCUGGAUCACACCAAAAGCCCAUCUAGCCCUCCAGCCUGUUCUCACAGUGACCUACCAGUUGCUUAUGGGAAGUCCACAACCAGGUCCUUUGUGCAUUUGAUGAAAUGGGUGCCAACCCACAAAUAUUUAUGACCUAAUACAUUUGUUAAGUAUUGAAGGUGCCACAAGACACUGCUUUGUUCUUGUAGGAAUUGGUUGGAUCUGGUCCUUGGUUUGAAGAGAAUGUUGACUACUAUUUCACAUAGAAUGUAGCCUUCAUUACAUUUUCUCAGGAUGGGGAUAAGAUGGAGAUAGUAGCCAGGUUUCCGCAACACGCAGUGCGGAUUCAUGAAGGCUAUACAACACUGACUUAGGUGUUAGAUGAAGGCUGUUGGUUAGUUGGUGUGUGUUUUUUUGUUGUUGUUUUGGUGAGUGUUUUUUCUGUAUUGAACCCUACUGGAAUCUUGUACAUAUGCCAAUAGCGGUUUGAGAAUCUGACUACUAUUAAUUUCACUGGGUGCAAGCUAUGCAUCCCACCUACAACUGGUUGUUAAAAAUGUAAAUAGUCAAUGGGCUGGGUUAUGAACAUGAUGCAUAGUGAAGCAGUCCCAUGAACACUGCAAAUCUUUGCAUGGAUAUACUUGAUCCAUAUUCACAAAUAGCUUAUCUGCCCCCACAUCUAAUGUAAUAGAGUAGUUCUUGAAGGUUUAAGUGAGCCACACUGUGAAGAAAACCAACUCCAUGAUCACCGUGAGUUGCCUUCUGAUCACAAAGAUAUAUGUAAAACCUGUGUAGUCAACGGCUCCUAAUACCUCUUUCCCCAGAGAGAAGUGUCUGUUCUAGGAAUAAACAGUGAUGGCAUGGUGGCAUUUUGCCACGUGCAGAUUUCCCCGCCAAGCAGUCCUUGUCUGUGGUCAUGCAAGGUUUUUACCAAUACUUUUCUUAUUUUUACAGCUCCAAAAUCUUGGAAUUAAUCCAGCAAACAUUGGAUUCAGUACCUUAACAAUGGAAUCUGAUAAAUUCAUAUGUAUUCGAGAAAAAGUUGGUGAGCAAGCACAGGUUGUGAUCAUAGACAUGAGCGAUCCAACCACUCCUAUCAGGCGCCCAAUCUCUGCAGAAAGUGCCAUCAUGAAUCCAGCUUCUAAAGUAAUUGCUCUGAAAGGUAAGUUUUAUUUUCAUUGCAUUAUCUUGGGAGGAUUGUUGUGCAGCAGCACAUGUAUUGGUUCUGCUUUGAACCUGUGUGCAGUAUGUUAAGAUUUGGUUGCAUUUUGGUAACCAUUGUAUCAUUCAGGGAAUGCUGCAAAUAAUGGGAUUGAGUUGUACUAGGAAUGAAGUGGCUUGGAAAGUAUGCUUAAUGUAGGACUUGUCAAAGCAAAUUAUUAGGUUAAUUUUAAGAUGACAUUGCUAUUGUAGAGUAAGCUUUGAAUUACUUUUUUCAAGGCUGGGAAAAUCAAUAGGCACCACCAAUUCCAAUACCUAUGGGUAUCUUUUCCAGCCAAGUACUGCUUUUGCAGGGCAGUAUUUUGGGGUGGCAGGGAAGGCAAAUGUCUACUAAAUAAAGCUUGGAUUGUGUUGCAUGUUGGUUUAGAGUCCUUAAACUGAAAAAGUAAAGCUGUUGCAGCUAGUCUUAGAAGCUAUGUGAUCUUCCAGGUGCUGCCUAAUCACCACGUAAAAAUAUCCAUACCCAAGCAGAUGCAAAAACUCAUUGGUGUCUAAUAUAUAAAAUGGUUUCACUUUCACUGACUGUGUACUUUCUUUCCUGCAUUCUUGUCUUAAAACAGAUGGUGAGUUAACUUUGUACUGACACACUUCAUGUUUAAUAGUUUUGGAAUGGUCUCAUCUCAUAAAAAGUACUAAAUUCUGCAGGAGGCAAUUUGGCAUGUCACUUGUAGAGAUAAUUGUAAUCUAGAUGCUAAAAUUUUGAGUUUGGGCAAACGAAACUAUUUAUCCUCUGAAACCACUUGUGACUUGAUGGUAGUAACUGUACCAAUAGAUGGUUAAACCCAGUCUUAACCACAGUACAGUUAACUGAAAAAAUCAAGUCGCAAUACUUUUAUGAGAGACCUUUGCUGGCAUGGUGUCUUGUGUGCUAGUCACUUCUUUUAUUUUAAAUGUGGUACUUGGUCUUAAAAGUCCAUGGCAACGCUCGCAGGGGUCCACGAUGCUACUUCAAAAAUUGGCUUGCAUUGAAAAUCUGUGAACAACUCGGAAGUAUGUAGGCAGCUGCCACUUAGAAUGCCCAAGCUCACCAAAACACCUUGUUGGUAGCAGAGGGCUGUGAAUGGGCAACAUGGGACUAAUAACCCCAGUGUUAACUUUGACAUAAGAUUCAGUACACACACAGUGCUUUAAUUCUAAUUGUCUUGGCCCCCUGUGAAUCAAACUCUUGGCCAGAAGAGCUAAUAUUUUGUGAUAGCCCUUGACAUAACUACCUAAUACACUAUUUUGUUGCUAUACCACGUGUGCUAACCCCAGAGAUGCAAGAAACUGAACAUAACUUAAUCUCUCAUCUCCUCCCUCAGUCUCCAUCAAGAGCUCUUGCAGCAUUACCACGUCACUUCCCACUUUCUUCUUUAAAAGAGUGUUCAGAAAUAAAAGUGUUCAGAUGAGUGGCCAUGACAGCACAUAAUUAUUUAGGAGGAGCAGUAACAGGGUUAUUGCUUGCCCAGAAACCUAGUACCCCAACAGAAACGUAGACUGACUUGUAUUAAAAUGCGGAGGAAAUGUUGCUUUAGAAAAGCACUUAAAUGUUCCCUGCAGAUGGGAGUGUGGUGCUGGCAAGCCAACUGUGUAUUAUGUCUUUCCUGAAGCUCAAGUUCCUUGUGUGAACAGUGAACAUACAUUACCAGUCCCUCAGAAAUGUAAUGCUUCUCAGAACUGUGAUAAGAGUAUGGUGCGUGCAUACAAAUUGCAUUUCUGGAUUGCAUGUGGCAUUCCUACAGUGAUCAAAGCAUUAUUGUCCUUGUAUGGAUGUAUCCUGUGUUUGUAAUGUACCGUGAGAGCACUUCCAGUGAUCUAUGUUGGAACAGAAUGGGGAGGACGUAGUACUUUUCACAGGGCAUUUCCAUACACAAAGCAUGGGAAUGCAAAAAGGCAAUUUCAUACUCUACUCUUGCAGAGAUGUAAAGUGUUCAUAAAGCCUCUCCCCCUUCUCCCAAAUUUGUCACCUGAGUAGAUGUCUGGCUUUCAGUUAAGAUAAGCAAUGUAAUUAAAUGGUUCUGUUUAUUAUUAUAAAAAAAAACCUUGCUGCUUUAUACUUAAUAUUUUUUUGAGGUGAGAAUCCAUCGUGGGCAAGCUUCUGUAGUGGGAUGAUGACAUAUGAUCAGUUCUGCUGGAAGAAACUUUACUUGAGAGUGGGGGUGAAAUUGUUGCAUGUUGCUCUUCCCCUAAAUUCUGUUGGAGCAUUCCAGUCCUAGCAGCCUACUCGAACAUGAGUGUGUUUGUUAGGGCUUUUCCUGCUCUUGGCAUGCUCUCUCCAUAACGGUUUUGUGCAAAGAAAUUGUAGUUGAAAAAGCCACCAUUAUCACCAAGUGGGAGGAUAGAAUCUGCUUGCAUCUAUCUCAUGGCCCCUUUUGCCUUGCUGUCUACAUCCCGCCCCCCACUCCCUGUACAUGUAUGUGUAAAUAAACUCCACAACUGCGGCAACUUUUUAUGCAUCUGACUUGGGCUCUUGCCCACCAAUGGCUAAGCCAUAAUCUAGCCUUUAAGGUUCCUCCAAUACUUUGUUUUUGCUGCAAGAGACCAGAACUGCUAUCCCUUGAAAUUUGGUAAACAAAAAUCGUACGCGUUCCAAUUGCUUGUCAGGAACACACUGCUGAAGAGUGAGUGCUUUACAGUACUUUUUUUGUAUUUAAAUCUGGCAGCAUUAGUCGUCUUCACUAUAUUGCUUUAAUAGCAGGGCUGCAUUCAUAAAGUUGGGAGUUGGCACAGUGGUUCAAACAUAUGUGUCAAAGAACCCUGUGAGGAAAAGAUGUCUAAAAUUAGGCAUAAAAUUAGCUUAGGCCAAGAGAACUCCCUCAGCCUCUUUUAGUUGCUAAGAAAAACAACACUCAACCCCCCCCCCCCCGGUCAAGGUUCAAAGGGUUACCCUGCAUGCAGUUGAAAUAAAAAGUAAAGGCUGAGGAAUUCAAUGAGAGUCAAACCUUUCAGGGACACUGUACACAGAGGUGAAAAAACAAGAUUUUGAUUGAGUGCGGUGGCUCUUUGGCAUGCUUGAGGUAAGUUGUAGGAGGAAAUAUCAUGGGGUUCCUAAUGAAAUGCAUAAACCCCUACUCUUACUACUAUUAAUUUUUGCCAGUCAGGCCCACCUUGUAAAUUGUAGCUGAGGAGACUCUUGGAGAAUAAGGGGAGCUUGGCACCUUGCACUUCAGGCACUAAUCUUAAGGGACUGCAAGCAGCGGCAUUUCCUUAGGAUCAUUUAGAAAAAGCUGCUUCCUCCUGGAUCCCUUUUAGCCCGUGUGCAGUGGUCCUGUUUGGCAGACAUGAAUUACUUCGGGCAAUGGCCCAAGGAUGUGUUGACACCCAUCUGUCUCGGGAGACAAUGGAGGAGUGCGCCUCUGGGGGCGAGAUUAGGCUGUUGGAAGGUUUCAGCACCUGUAGCUGUAGAGACCGAUGCUGUAGCUGUAGAGACCAAUGCAGAAGAGACAUGUUUUGUUGCAGCUAGGGCAGGUGAAGGCUUCCAGCUGCGCUUCUUCACACGCACCAUGGCGCGCAAGGAUAGCUCUCUUUGUCGUUUGCCAUCAGAAAGAAAUGGUGCCUCAAUACUCUUGCCUAUUUAUUUGCCUUUCCCUUCUGUCUCCUCUCUCUGUUCCUCCUCUUACUCCCCUGCAUCGUGUCCCUUUAGCCUCUGGAGGAAAGUAGUAGCUACCAAUCAGUCUUGGUUCUGUAUGGGAAUCGUUACUCUUUGCUGAUCUCAAUAACAUUCUAGAGCUGCAAAGAAACGGCAAUUUGGGGAAGGAAUUGUGUGUUUGUGUGAUAUACGCAAAUCUCCUUACUCUUGACACAGAUGCUUCCAGGUAAUAUAUGAGGAGAUAUCCAAUUGAGAAUUCUCUGCUUGGACUACUGGACACUGAUCUGCUCUAGUGCCAAUAGUGUCAUACUGCUUGACACCCACCAAUAACACUGUGCACCCUGAAAGUUGAUUUUUUUAAAAAAGAAAGAUCAAGGGUCUGGUUAGUAACUUUCAGUGACAUUGUACGUUUGUCAGUAACACAAGACUCAAAAGCUUCUGGAGAUUUUUAGCUUACGACAGCAGUAAACUGUAGAACAAGCCAGUUUUCAAAUAACUUUUAGGUUAUGCUUCUAAGAAAACAGAUAUUAAGCAAUUAACUCCCCCACCAAGCAGACCUUCAUCUGAUGGGAAUAGCGUUGCUUAAUGUCUGCUUCUCAAAAUCCUUUCUAUUAAAUAUUGACUUCUGCUUCCUUGGAAGCCUAGAGUCAAGGGUUGCAUCUUUAGGAAAUUCAGUGAGUUCUUGUCCUCCUUUUGAAGAAAGGUCAUAUUUCCAUUUUUGGUUGCCUUACCUGCUGGGUUUCUAAUGUCUUGCAGAUGACACAAUGCUACCCUUCUCAAGGAACAGAAAAUUGCACAUAACAGCAUUGUUUAUGGUGUGAAGCCACUUAGGUUCACACUGGUGUGUUACUGAAUGAUGACGAUGGGUUGAAUAGUAGGACAGUUGGCAUCCUAAGAAUAAGGAUCCUGUUUUGAGCAGUAUUGAAAAAUGUCUUUUUUAAUAUGCUGCACUCUAAACAGCCCAUUCUGAAAUAUACCUUUACUUUUGAGAGGGGGGAUUUUGCCCCAAAGAAACUUGGGAUUAUGAGGCAAAAUGUUGCAGGAGAAUGUUUGAAGAGUUCAUCUCCCGGCUUCCUCGUUUGCCACUAUGCCAUAAACUUCAAUAUUCCUACCUACUUUCUCUCCCACCCAACUUUCCUAACGAGGCUUUGUCUUGAAAGACUGGAAGUGAAGUGCAGAUAUUACCAGAUACGUUUUACGUUCUACAUGGGGAUCCUACACUUUCCUUGAAUUCUAAACAAGUUAGCACAAGGCUUAGCGCUAAAAAAAUAAGCACUUGAUAAACUUAUGGCCAGACUGAACAUAAGAGCCUGCUGCAUCAGGCCAGUGGCCCAUCUGGUCCAGCAUCUUGUUCUCACAGGGGCCAGCAUGAUGCCUAUGCGAUGUCCGAAAGCAGGGCCUGAGCACAACAGCACUUGUCCCUCCUGCCGUUUCCAGCAACUAGUAUUCAGAGGCAUGCUGCCUCCAACAGUGGAAGUAAAACUGCCCCUAUGGCUAGUAGCCGUUGUUAUUGUCAUUCUAUGUGGAUUUGUCUAAUCCUCUUUUAAAGCCAUCCAAGUUGGUAGUCAUCACUGCCUCUUACAGGCACUGAAAUAUAUGGGAUUGGGUAAAUUUCUACUUCCUUAUUGUCAGAGUUUGGUAUCAAUGAUCCUUCAUCCUCUACUUGCAUGUUCUAAAUUAUGCUGGAUCCACACAUGCGGUGCUACAAAGCGGUAAAAUGAACUGUGCCACUUCAGCUAAAGGUAGGAGAGCUUACAAAAAUAUGGUUUCCUCCCAACUGCUGUCUGGAGUUGUGCUGCCCAGUUUUUUAAGCACCUCAUUCUGCUGCAUGUGUAGCUGAGGCCUUUGACUUUGGAUAUUUCCAAAUGUCUUUCUACAAAAAAGACUGUGUUGGAGUAGGGAUAGCUAUUGCUUAACAUUUUUGGAGGGCUAUGAUUCUCUUUGUCUUUCUGUCUUGUAUGGCAGCGGGGAAAACACUCCAGAUCUUUAACAUUGAGAUGAAAAGCAAAAUGAAAGCACACACGAUGGCAGAGGAAGUGAUCUUCUGGAAAUGGAUUUCUGUGAAUACCGUUGCCUUAGUGACAGAGACUGCAGUUUAUCACUGGAGUAUGGAAGGAGACUCUCUGCCCCAAAAGAUGUUUGACAGGCACGCCAGUCUUGCAGGCUGCCAAAUCAUCAAUUACAGAACCGAUGAAAAUCAGAAGUGGCUGCUCCUGAUAGGAAUCUCUGCCCAGGUAAGGAAAGCUGUGGAGUGCAGAGGGUACAAAAGCAUGCAUUGAAGCUUGUGGACUGUAGAAAUUGGGAGACUAGAAGCCAAAACAUUUUUGUGACAGCUGAGCUGGAAAGCAGAACUACUGAACAUACAGUGAACUUGAAAGCUGUGACAUGGGGAUGCUUAUGUUCUGUUGAAUUAGUGGUUGGAAUCUCUUGAUGGGAGGCGCAGGAUAAGAGGCUCUAAAUGGAUUAAGGAUCUUGACACUUCAGGCUCUUAAGUGCUUGCUGUACAUUUAACGACUGUGAUGCUUGCUCCAUUAGCAAAAUCGUGUGGUUGGUGCCAUGCAGCUGUACUCAGUGGAUCGAAAAGUUUCCCAGCCAAUAGAGGGACAUGCAGCAGCCUUUGCAGAAUUCAAAAUAGAAGGCAAUGCCAAGCCCUCCACCCUCUUCUGUUUUGCUGUGCGAAGCCCUGCAGGAGGCAAGGUAAAAGCCUUUUAUACUUGAUCAUUGUCUUUGUUGCUUACAGCUGCUUUGGGGCAUAAGAUCCAAGACGAUAAACCAUUUAAAUGAAGUUCCUCAACCCCUCUGUAGUAAGAGCUUGCACCAGUGUAGUCUGUGCAAGUCCUUGUGAAAAAUCAAGAGAGCUUGGCUGUGCUUCAGGGUUUAGGAUGGAACACUUGAUGCUGAUACUGCACCUCUCUUUAAGGCAUGAAUAGUCAGUGUGGUGCCAUCCAUUGUUGCUGGACUCUUACCAUCCUUGGCCAUUGGCAGUGCUGGCUGAGGCUGAUGGGAGUUGUAGUCCAAAACUUCUGGUGUGCAACACAUUUUUCUGCUUUAAGGUGUCUCACCAAAAUAGACCAUUUUGAAUUGCAUUCUCUUUUCUUUUUUUAAAAAAUAAUUUUUAUUGACAGGCCAAUCACAUCACAUUAUCCAAAUCACAUUAGUUCCAAAUUAUACAGCCAAAUUUUAAAUUUUGUUGGGGGUACCCAUACAUCAAGCUCUGAACGAGUCCAAACAUCACUUAUAUUGCUGCUUUAAUUAAACAGUUCUAUCCAGUUCAAUCCAGAUAGUCCUUUAUUACUUUCUUCAUCUUCUUGUUGUUAUCGUAUAUUCCUUUCUUUGCGAUCUCUGAUAAUUUUCACAAGCAGAUUGGAAACAGGCAUCCUCUGUGUGGGUUUUGUACUCUCCAAAAAUCAUAUCGCUCAGGGACAGCCGCUAUUCCAUGCUUCCAUAAAAAAAUUAAUCUUCGGUCUGUCCUUUAAUUUUCUCAGACUUGCCAAGUAUAUCAGGAGGCUCUGUCAGGUCAAGAUUACAUUCCAACCAUCCUUCUCAUUCCAAUGGUCCUGAUUCUCCUCCCCCUGUCCUUCUUUCUCCGGCAAGCCUGUCUUGGCGAGACGCCAUUUUUUUAGCUGCGUCAUAAAAUUUUCCUCCGUUCUCAUUGUUUACCAAUCCUCUCUUUAGCUAUAAUCCAUCCCACACAGUUCUUGAAUUCCUGCUUGUGGUUAGUAAAACGCAACAAUCUUAUUUCUUUCUGGGGUGGAGGGUUAUUAAUAUCACAUAGUGCAAAGAAAAAAAAGGUUUUUUCCUCCACCCCCCCCUUCAUUCCAAACAUACAGUCUCAUAAUGGUGGUUCAUCAGAAGAUUUACUUAUCCAUCCAUUACUCCGGUCACAGAGAUCCAUUAGUCAGCAGUCUUAUCUCCCGAGCGAUGCUUGAUGUAUGUGCUUUAGCUUCAUUCCAAUCAUAUGUUUCCAAUUAUAAUUCCGAGCUAAAGCAAGCCAGCACGCGCUAAUUGGAACCGGCGUCAGGAAGAGCUGACCUCAUCGAGGGCUCGUGCCAAGUGUCCGGCACCCCCAUCUCUCGAAUCCGGGGUUGCAUUGUGGGCACCGCUGGCAAGGCAGCCCCCCCCAUCUCCUUGGGGGGGUAGGAAGACUGCAUACUUCCCAUAGCAGCCUCUUAAUUACCUCGUAUGGGUCAGAGAGAUGUUAUUGUCGGCCAUCUUCCAAUGCGCCACCUGGUGGCCCCCUGAAUUGCAUUCUCAAAGUGCUAGUCAACAUAGCCUUAAUUUGGGCUGUAGAGCCAAUACUAUAGAACAGGCACAUUCAACUUCCAAGAGACUGCAAUCUACUCCCACUAUAAAAAAACUAGCAGUGAUCUUCUUAUUGGAUUGACCAGAGUUGUUGAGCUUUUUUGGGGGGGAGGAUGAGCUUUGGGGGGGGCACUCAAUCGGGGUCCCGGGACCAGGAUCAACCAGGGACACCCCGCAGUCGACUGGUAGGUCGCGAUCGACAUGUCGGACAUCCCUGCUAUAGAACAUUUAAACUUUGUGAAGAAUGGAGAACGCUUUAAGAAAAAUCCAUACCAUUAUUUUUAGCAGUUUUCCAUUCUGAGGAACACCUGAUUUGAAUGAGCUUUUCUCCUUUCAACUAAACAAUUGAUUUAUAACCCUGUGGUGUUUCCCCAGCUGCAUAUAAUUGAAGUGGGUCAACCUGCUGCUGGAAACCAGCCCUUUGUCAAGAAAGCUGUUGAUGUCUUUUUCCCUCCAGAGGCUCAAACGGAUUUCCCAGUGGCAAUGCAGGUAAUGAAUUGAGGAGUGUGUUUAAGACUUCCGGUGGCAUGGCCGAAGCAUAUCAAGUGCAGCGGUAGUAUUGCAUGCCCUUUUUAUCCCAUAAACAACUGUUGUGUCAGAAAAAUAUGAACUUUGUUCCAAACGCUUACAUGCUGCCUUUCCGGGUGAAGCCCUCCCAAGGUGCCUUGCAAAAGAUUAGUUGUGUGUGUGUAUUCAAGAUCAUUCAGUCUCCUAUACAUAGCAGGGGCUCUUGAAUUGAGCUGUAUCCAGGCAUGAUGAACAGGUGCAAGGAUGCUGUUUACUCCCACUCUGAUGGCAAUGCCAGUUGGUAACUCUUAGGCAGCUGUCAGCUGGAGCUGUAUCCAGACACAAUUGAAUACAACUCUCCAAAUUACCAUAUCAGUGUGUACAGUUGGUUUAAAUGAUACAGAAUUGAGCGAGGCCAAUGUUUAAUGCAAUUUGUCUGAGUUUAUAUCACUGCUAGACCAGGAUCCAAACAAGCAUGUAACUAGGCUGGAUUGGAUGCUGUAGUCCUAUAAAGCAAGCCAGUCUUAAACUUAAAGGCGGCUUAGCCUAAUCUGUUUAUGACAGAAUGGUGGAGGAGGGGUGGAGGCCUGCUGUUCAAAAUUGCUGAAUAUACACAAGCCCUUAGAGUUGCACCUAGAGUGGAACUUCCUUGAAACUGAAAUCUGGAUCUGAGCUUCUUGCAGCCAUAGCGGCUUGCCCAAGGUCUUAAGUGCUUCAGUUUCACAGCUGAACUAGUGAUUGACUUGUAGUGACAUAAAUGCUCAGCUCCCCAGUCUAAAAAAUAGCCGUAGCUGUUAACAAGUAUGAAAUAAUCCACUUGCACAAUAAAUUGAGUUUUUGCUGCUGUGCUAGGAAGAAGCUUAAGUUAACUAGUGCAGGGGUCAGCAAACUUUUUCAGUAGGGGGCCAGUCCACUGUCCCUCAGACCUUGUGGGGGGCUGGACUAUAUUUUUUUGGGGGGGGGGAAUGAACGAAUUCCUAUGCCCCACAAAUAACCCAGAGAUGCAUUUUAAAUAAAAGGACACAUUCUACUCAUGUAAAAACAUGCUGAUUUAGAAGGUGAUUGGGUUGAAUCCGGCCCCCAAGCCUUAGUUUGCCUACCCAUGAACUAGUGAAUAACUUCUGAACUGUCCUGGUUAACCUUGUCUCUUUCUUGUACAUUUGGUAGAUUGGAACAAAGCAUGGUGUUAUCUAUCUGAUCACAAAAUAUGGAUAUAUUCAUAUGUAUGACUUGGAAUCUGGAGUGUGCAUCUACAUGAACCGUAUUAGUGCAGACACUAUCUUUGUAACUGCACCUCAUGAACCUACCUCAGGAAUUAUUGGUGUAAAUAAAAAAGGACAGGUAAGAAUGAUGCCUAUUGUUUUUGUCCAUGAAGUUUUCUUGGCAGGGAUACUGGAGUGGCUUGCCGGUUCCUGCUCUAGGUGGAUCACGUUUAGUCAAAACUCUCCACUAUGACCUGUCCAUCUUGGGUGGCCCUGCACGGCAUGGCUCAUAGCUUCUCUGAGUUAUUCAGGCCCCUUUGCCACGACAAAGGAAAUCAGGCCUGAGUGCUCACUGGAAGGACAGAUUCUGAAGCUGAGGCUCCAAUACUUUGGCCACCUCAUGAGAAGAGAAGACUCCCUGGAAAAGACCCUGAUGUUGGGAAAGGUUGAGGGCACAAGGAGAAGGGGAUGACAGAGGACGAGAUGGUUGGACAGUGUUCUCGAAGCUACCAGCAUGAGUUUGACCAAAUUGCGGGAGGCAGUGGAAGACGAGUGCCUGGCGUGCUCUGGUCCAUGGGGUCACAAAGAGUCAGACACGACUAAACAACAAGAAGAAUGAUGCGUGAAACUUCUCAGCUGUAGAUUAUCCAUCACUUCAGUGUCUGCUUACUGUAAUGCUGUCAUUUAGGCUCUGAAUCCUGACUGCUUUAUCAGAUCCAGGUGGCUGCUUUCCUUAAGUCACCACUUUGCUGGGCUCUGCACUGACGCUUAGGGAUUUCAGCUCAUUGGUUCAAAAUGGUGAAAGAGAUGCCGUUUAAUGUCCUGAAGUGAGCCCUCAAGUUCCCAAGCAUGCAUUCUCUAAUGAUCCGGAUUACAGCCUGCAUUGGAGGUGUCGAUGCAUGCACACGUAUGCCAACCUCUCUUGUUGUUAACAAAUCAAAUAACUCUUGAGAUUAACGUGGUAGUUUCUCUAUGAUCACUGAAUAAAACACUGCAUCAAGCACAGAUAAGAGGACUGAUAGAAUAGAUUUCUCCAGCAGAAGUUCUAACGUAAGCAGUAAAGCUGUUGAAAUGACAACUGAGCAGUCAGUAAGGAAGGCUUUGUAAAAAAGAAAGGGGGGAAAAGAGAAUUUUAAAGUAGAACUUCAGUGGUGAACAGUAUUGUAUCCUGUACCUAACUGGUAGCAGUUGGCCUGGUGGUAAAAAAAGGUAAAGGAUGCCUGACAGUUAAGUCCACUCGCAGACGACUCGGGGGUUGCGGCGCUCAUCUUGCUUUACAGGCUGAGGGAGCCAGCGUUUGUCUGCAGACAGUUUUUCCGGGUCAUGUGGCCAGCAUGACUAAGCUGCUUCUGGUGCAACAGAGCACCAAAACCAGAGCAGCGCACAGGAACGCCGUUUACCUUCCCGCCGGAGUGGUACCUACUUAUCUACUUGCACUUUUUGGCAUGCUUUUGAACUGCUAGGUUGGCAGGAGCUGGGACUGAGCAACGGGAGCUCACCCAGUUGCAGGGAUUCGAACUGCCGACCUUUCGAUCGGCAAGCCCAAGUGGCUCAGUGGUUUAGACCACAGCGCCACCCGCGUCCCUGGCCUGGUGGUACCUAGUCUUAUUUAUAAUAUUAUAAAGUGAAAUUUUUGAAUGUUUGGCACUUUCCCUCCAGAUCGGUCGUGCUCCUUUUAUACAGUAGAGUGUGCCUUGUCCUGUUUUUAGACUUUACUGUGCACACACUGACUUUCUUUCUCUUAUAGGUACUCUCUGUUUGUGUGGAGGAAGAUAACAUUGUAAAUUACGCCACCAAUGUUCUCCAGAAUCCUGAUUUGGGUCUGCGCAUGGCGAUCAGGAGUAACUUAGCUGGGGCGGAAGAACUCUUUGCCAGGAAAUUUAAUACACUUUUUGCACAGGGAAAUUAUGCAGAAGCUGCUAAAGUGGCGGCAUCUGCACCAAAGGUAAACAUCUUUUUAAAAAUUAUUUUUUGGCCAAGGGUUUCGGGGGUGCACUGCAAACAAAUUUUGUAGCCUUUAACCUUUGUUUGAAGCAACAGGCAAUCCCAAGUUGUACGAGGGCACUGGUUCUGUCUUCCUUGAGGGAGACAUAGACGAUUCUAUUAUAAAGAUAGGGUGGCAUUAAACUAAGUUGUAUUCAGAGGACACCCAUUGAAAUUAAUGCAUAUGACGUAAUUGCGGUGCAGCAGUUUACCUUACACAGUGGUGCCUCGCAAGACGAAAAGAAUCCGUUCUGUGAGUCUCUUCGUCUAGCGGUUUUUUCGUCUUGCGAAGCAAGCCCAUUGACGGAUUAGCGGAUUAGCGCUAUUAGCGGCUAUUAGCGGCUUUUAGCGGCUUAUCAGCUUAUCGGAUAAGCAGAUAAGCGUCUUAGCGGCUUAGAAAAAGGGGGGGGGGAAAACCGCAGGAACUCGCAAGACAUUUUCGUCUUGCGAAGCAAGCCCAUAGGAGCUUCGUUUUGCGAAGCACCUCCAAAACGGAAAACUCUUUCGUCUAGCGAGUUUUCCGUCUUGCGAGGCAUUCGUCUUGCGGGGCACCACUGUACUUAUUACGUAAAACCCACGGUGGGUAUUAUUGACCAGAGCUAUGAACUGGUUGCCCCAUUGAAUUCUUGCUUAGGAUUGCAGCCCUAAGUGGGGAUCAGGUAAUCAUGGAGUCACUGUCAGGGGUUGGUGGGAAGGCAGGAUAUAAAUAAAUACAAUCAUAAUAAUAAGUCAAUCAAUAACUUCAGGAUACUUUAUGGGAAGUGAUUCAUAAAUGAAGGAAAUAAUGUUACGGAGCCCUCUUGUUCUGAUACAGGUUUUCUCCUGACUACCAAUUGCUCAUGUGAUCGGAGUAGGAGGAGCAAGAGUUAGGAGAAGGCUAUUGCCCCGAUUCUUCGCUUGUGGAAAAUGUGAUGACAGACCUAGAUCUAGCAGGAUUUUUACAUUGGUGUUGGGCAGGGUGGAUAAAAAAAUCAAUGAUUUAUUUAUUUAUUUUUUGAAAAUCCAUGGAUGUUUUUCAUUUAAAUCAGAUUUUUUAAAAUUUAAAUCAGAAUUUUAAAAUAAAAUGCUUUUGGAGGAAAAAAUCUUUCUAAAGAUAGUUUUCCAUUUAAGUUACCUUAUAGUCCAAAGGCUAUUCAUCAGGAAAUAAGGAUUUGUUUUAAGUUUUUCAUGUGUGCUAAGCCAUUCAUGUGUGCUAAAAAGUUUUUUUUAUAAAAAAAUUGUUUAACCACAUCAGUUAACAAACAUGGAUACCUAUGCUAUAAAUCUUACUUUUUAAGUUACAAUAUAAACAUUUAAUUUAUUAAACCUCACAAUAAUUUCAUAAUUAUCUGUCUAUGUAUUUCUAAUAUUAUAACCAAAUCAGUAAUUUUUGAUAUAACAGUAAAAAACUACUCUGAAAAUGUAUUAUUCCAAAAAUGAAACCUUCAAUUGUUUGUAAAUAUUAAGAUUAUACCAGCAAGAAUGAGUCUUUCUGUAAAAAAAAAUGAUUUAAAUCAAAUCUUACUGACUAGUGAUUUAAAUCAAUUUGGUUUAAAUCAAAUCCACCCUGCCCUUGGGAAUUCUCAGCUGGCAAGCUGAGCAAGCUUUCUCUGCCUUGGAUUUUCCCUUAAGGGAGACUUUUUAACAGAACCAUGUUUCAAUGUUCAGGGAAUCUUGCGCACAAGUGAUACCAUCCGAAAGUUCCAGAGUGUACCAGCCCAGCCUGGCCAGGCCUCUCCCUUACUCCAGUACUUUGGGAUCCUCCUCGAUCAAGGCCAGCUCAAUAAAUUUGAGUCUCUGGAACUCUGCCGUCCUGUUCUUCAGCAAGGCCGCAAGCAGCUUUUAGAAAAAUGGCUAAAAGAAGACAAGGUAAAGCAGGGGACCUCUUCAAAAAUUUAUUACGCUGUGGUCUGCUUUAAACAGUCGUCGUUCUGUUGCCUGUGCUGAAAUUAACUAGCAUUCUUAUUUAGGCCCACUUACCCAAGUAGUAAGGGACGCGGGUGGCGCUGUGGGUUAAACCACAGAGCCUAGGACUUGCCGAUCAGAAGGUCGGCGGUUCGAAUCCCCGCAACGGGGUGAGCUCCCGUUGCUCGGUCCCUCCUCCUGCCAACCUAGGAGUUCGAAAGCACCCCAAAAAGUGCAAGUAGAUAAAUAGGUACCGCUCCGGCGGGAAGGUAAACAGCGUUUCCGUGCGCUGCUCUGGUUCGCCACAUGACCCGCUGCUCUUAGUCCUGCUGGCCACAUGACCCGGAAGCUGUACACCGGCUCCCUUGGCCAAUAAAGCGAGAUGAGCGCCGCAACCCCCGAGUCGACCACGACUGGACCUAAUGGUCAGGGGUCCCUUUACCUUACCCAAGUAGUAUAAAGCCUUGUUAGUGACAACAGUGCAUUUUGUUGAUUACCCACCUACAUCCAACUGAGAGGUCUGCUGGCUUUUUGCUCUAACUACAGGCAAAAUAUCAUUGAUGGGAAAUCUCCCUGUUGUGUAGACACUUACCCUAGAGCAGUGAAAAUGGAUCAGGCAUGCCCUGUUGGUCACCAAAUACACCAUUUAUUAGUACUGGGCAAAUAAACAUAGUCCCAAGAAAUCCACCAAUGGACCAUACAUGAGCUAGGUACAUGCUGUAGACUGCGAAAAUUUGAUACUUGCCAAGGUAUUUUAUGAUAUCCAUUUAAAUUGAAAAUGAGCAAAACUCUGAGCACUGAGCCACUCCUCUGACCCCCCCUUCCCGGUUUUAUUUUAGUUCGCUCUGUUGUGUUGAUGUAAACAAAGACGCCACUAAAAUAUUAAUUUGAAAAAGAGUUUUGGGCUGCAUUUCUAUAAUUCCCACAGAGUUUUCUUCCUAAACAGUGAGGUAAAUCGCUGAGAUCUAGACAGCCAUACCCUAUAUAUUGAAAGAGCAGCCACUAUAUUUGCUUGCCAUAAGCAGGGGUGGGUGGCAGCGUUUGCUGAGCUGGGUGUGGUGUUAAUAGCUUUGAAAUGCUGCUUCUAUUGCAGUCUUACAUUUGAUGCCAGCAAACAAAUUGCAGCUUAACACUUGGAUCUGUGUUGAUUCUGAAAUGUUGUUUCUGUUUCAGCUGGAAUGCUCUGAGGAGCUAGGAGACUUGGUGAAGGCUGCUGACCCAACCCUUGCCCUCAGUGUUUAUCUCCGUGCAAAUGUACCAAACAAAGUAAUUCAGUGUUUUGCAGAAACUGGUCAAUUCCAGAAAAUAGUUCUUUAUGCCAAAAAGGUAACUAUCUUUUUUCCCCCCUCUGAAAAGUAUGUGAUUGUGUAAUGCACACCUUUGCAAGCCAGAAGCUUUUUGAAUGCACAGUUAAAUUUUAUCUUUACCGAGAUAAGAAUAAGCCUCGGAACAUUCCGGGAUAUCUGAAGUGUGAUAUGCAACGGCCCCACCUGGUAAAGUUUCAAUUGCAUAAGUCAUGUGGUUUUUGGAGCAUUCAGUAGACUAUUCUGCGGACAAAAAUGGCAAAAAUCAGCUUCAGUACCUCAGGGCUUUUCCUGCGGGUGAAUGAAACUUGCACCCUAAAUUCUAUAGGCUCUUGGAUGUCUUUCAAUUUAAAGGACUGAACUAGGAUGGGCUGUGCACAUUAACAUGGUUGUCUUGCUAAUCUCUGGCAAUUUCAUUUAUUUAAAAUGUUAAGAAGCCCCACCUUUCUAUUUCAGAACUCCCAGGGUGGGUUUCAGUUAAUAUUAAAAUAAUAUAAUCUGUCGGAUUUAAAACUGAUCAAAAGACAUGAAGCCCAGUGUUGUACAACCAUAUGUCAGGAGUUCUCUGAUGGUGUUUCCUGCUUGGCAGGGGGUUGGACUCGAUGGCCCUUGUGGUCUCUUCCAACUCUAUGAUUCUAUGAAAAGCAUAAGAUUCUGUAUUGGGUGAGCCUCUCUGGGGAGUGCAUUCCAUGGAUGAGUUUUCACAAAUGAAGGUGUUUUUCCCUGGCUGUAAUGUGCCUGAUACCCUUAAAUUUGGGGUACCUGAAAGGCGAUAUUAAUAUUUUGGACAAAUAGAAGUGGGUGAUUCCAGAUCCCAAACUGUAUAAAGGAUAAAAGCUAGGUAUUGAAUGGCGUUUGGAAAGAGCUUAGCAGCUACUGAAGUCAUUGUGAAGUUGAACCGACAACAACAGUCCCUUUGGACUGGUCCCCUUCCAACAAAUGAGAAGCUGUAUCUUAUAUCAGUUGUACAUCAGUUGUACAGCAACCCAACUGUAACAUUCGAAUCUGCACGUUGAAUAAUGGGCUGAUCAAUUUCUUGCCCUAAUGUCAUAUGAAGCAAGUAAAAACCUGACUUGAGAUGUGAGGUUGGGUUUAGCUACGUGUAAUUUGCUAAGGCCUAGUUGCUUUUGGAAUAUAUUAGCAAAAUGCAGGAAUAUAUUGAGUUAAAGAAAAACUUACUUAAUUCUUGAAAUUUGACCUUUUAGGUUGGUUAUACUCCAGAUUGGAUUUUCUUAUUGAGGAGCGUUAUGAGGGUCAGCCCAGAUCAGGGUCUUCAGUUUGCUCAGAUGUUGGUACAGGAUGAAGAGCCACUAGCCAACAUCAAUCAGGUAAGCAAUUCUGUUGCCAUUCUAGAAGAUAAAGCUGGAAUAAAAUGCCCCUCAAGUCCUAAUACAGCUAAAUGAAUACCCAUCUUGUUUAAAUGUCUACAGUUUUUCUCAUGGUCUUGCAGUUCUGGAAAACUAAUCAAUUUACCUAAUUGCAAAAGUUGCUAGCUCUAGGUUUCAAAGCAGUGUAAGGAAUUAUCAAAAGUGUAAGGAAUUAUACCUUAGUAGCUAUGGGCAGUGACAACUCAAAUUUACAUGUAAGAGAUUCUGUUUCGACCAACUCCUUUUAGGCAAGAACUACAGACAUAAAGAACUGGGUAAAACUGGUUUUGAAAACUACGCGAUAGUUUUUCAGAAGAGAAACAAGGUUAAACAUACAGUGGUGCUUCGCAAGACGAAAAUAAUCCGUUCCGCGAGUCUCUUCGUCUUGCGGGUUUUUUCAUCUUGCGAAGCAAGCCCAUUAGCGGUUUAGCGGAUUAGCGCUACAGUAUUAGCGGCUUAGCGGGCUUAGCGGAUCAGCUGAUAAGCGGCUUAGCGAUCAGCUGUUAAGCGGCUUAGCCGAUCAGCUGAUAAGCGGCUUAACGAUCAGCUGAUAAGCGGCUUAGCGAUCAGCUGUUAAGCGGCUUAGCCGAUCAGCUGAUAAGCGGUUUAGCGGCUUGGGAAAAGGGGGGGGGAGGAAAAAAACCCCGCAGGAACUCGCAAUACAUUUUCGUCUUGCGAAGCAAGCACAUAGGAAAUUCGUUUUGCGAAGCACCUCCAAAACGGAAAACCCUUUCGUCUAGUGGGUUUUCCGUCUUGCGAGGCAUUUGUCUUGCGGGGCACCACUGUACUUGAUAUGUGAUGGGCACCUGGACAUGAAGUGGAAUAAAUGUUUUUUUGGAAACAUUGAAUUCAGCUAUGUUCUUACGUUGUGGUUUGGAAACUUAAAGUCUGUGGUUGGGAGCUUAAAGUCUGUAUUUGGUGAAUUAAAGAUUUGUUUAUUUUUUAGACCUACAACUAAUUGGAACAAUGUAUUUGCAUGCAUAAAAUAAAAUAAGUUUUGUAGCACACUUAGGCAGCAGUUUAUGUGUCUGAUGGCCAUUUGUUUGAUUCCUACGCUGUAGAUUGUUGAUGUAUUCAUGGAGAACAGUUUGAUUCAGCAGUGUACCUCCUUUUUGUUGGAUGCCUUGAAAAAUAACCGUCCGGCCGAAGGCCACCUCCAGACUCGUCUGCUUGAGAUGAACCUCAUUCAUGCUCCACAGGUAAACUCUCCUGGGUUGGAUGGGUUUUGUGGUGGUGAUUUUUGAAGCCUACCUUUCUCAUUCCUUCUUGACUGAGGCAGUUGUUAUUUUGCCAAGGACGGCUCUGUGUAACAAUCUACCCAUAUAUUUCAUGUAGAACCUACAAGGGUUUUUAGAGCACUAAGUCCCCUAUUCCUCUUUUUAUAAAUUGACUUGCACUGUUGCUAAUCCCUAGGUUGCAGAUGCUAUCCUGGGAAACCAGAUGUUCACACAUUAUGACCGUGCCCACAUUGCCCAACUUUGUGAAAAGGCAGGCUUGUUACAGAGAGCAUUGGAACACUACACUGAUCUUUACGACAUCAAGCGAGCUGUUGUUCAUACCCAUCUUUUGAACCCAGAGGUAAGAUAAUGUGCAGCCGAACAUUAACCAGUUAGGGUUCAUGCUCCCUUCUGCACUGUUCUCCUUUGUGUUCUUUGGUUAGUUAGUUGCUUCCUUUCCUACAGACCCUUCAGACCUCCCCUUUUUGCUUCCAGUGAUUUUCUGCUUCUAGACAAGCCAGGGUGGUAUAAUGCUUAUAUGCUGGGUCAGGACUGGGAAGACCCAGGUUCAAAUCCUUAGUUGGCUAUAAAGCUUGCUGAUGACUUGGGGCUACACUCAACCUAAUGUACUCUUCAGGGUGGUUGUGAGGAUAAAACGAAGGGAUCAAAAGAAGGCCUCUCCCCUGCCCUCCAUGCGUACCUUGGCUCUCCUGAAACAACCAAAACAUGAUAAUGGACCUCAGUGCUUUAAUACACCUUUCUGCUUCCCUUAGAUUGGUAGAUAAUUGAAACUCACGAUACAGUCUCCAUUCAUGUCAUGGUGCGAACCUGCUGAAUUAUUUGCUUCUUCUUUCCUUAGUGGCUUGUGAACUUCUUUGGCUCUCUGUCAGUUGAAGAUUCUGUUGAGUGCCUACGGGCUAUGCUGUCCGCCAACAUCCGACAAAACCUACAGCUCUGUGUGCAAGUGGCGUCUAAAUACCACGAGCAGCUGGGCACCCAGUCUCUUGUGGAGCUGUUUGAAUCCUUUAAAAGUUACGAAGGUAAGCCUCGGAAGCAGCGGAUAGUGCUCGCUCACCUUGAACUUGUUUUACCGAGGACUGCGGAAUGUCAGAUAAUGGAGGUGGGAGGCUGUUUUUAUAGAAGCACUGAAAACAACAGAAUGCAAGAAUGCAUUUUUUUUUUACACGUUUCUGGCCCCUGUGAGAGGGUAGCAGUGCCUAGCAAUGUUGUCAAAGCCAAAACCAUGGCUGAGGUUGAGGGCAAGGCACUGGAAAUCUACUAAUGGAGAAGAGCAAGAAGUAAAAUACAUUGUGCAAAAUAGGCAUGCGUAUAAGUAAAUUUGUAUAGUUUAGAGGUAGUAAAAGUAAUACUUUACUUACCCAGCAGAUUUUUCACUGUAACUAUUACAGUGCAGCCCAAAGCCAUGUCUACAUUUGUAGUUCUAAUAUUAAAAGGGAUGGGGCUCUAGUAAGCAGUUUGCAAGCAGCAAGGAGCUUACAAGUCCUGUCUUAAAAGGUAGUUUCUAAUUCUGAAAAUAUUUGCCUGAAAUAAUGGCUAGCAAAUCUUUUAAACAGCUUAGAUUCCCAAACAUGCCUACUGAAUAUUUAGCUAGUAGGUUUUCUAAUAGAUCAGUAAAGUCACAUUUUUAUGUAUGUAGAGCAGGCCAAAUUGAAGAUGUUGUGCACUGUAUCUUAUACUGUAUUUUAUAUAAUUUACCAAGGGCUAAGUUCAUACUUCCCUUUCAGACUUUCCUAGAAGGCGAAACAGAUAGUUUUAAGAUAUAGGGUAGCUUUAUUUGCAUUGCUGCAAAAAAGAUAAAAGAGGCAUUUUAAAAUCAUAUUAGUGUGGAAUGUUAUGGGUAGUCUUGAACUAAAUAAAUAUUUUAAAUUCUGUAUUCACAGGGUUUAGCCCUGUCUUAUUGGACUGAUUAUCUCCCCAUAUUGUAAUGGUCAUUGGCUGCAAAGAGUUAUUCCUGACCUGACUAGUGCAUUAAUUGAUUGAUUUUUUCGCAGGAUUUGUAAGAAAUGGAAAUUUAACCAGUCAUGGAAGGAGUACUACUAAAGAUGCUAGAAUGAGGGGAGGAAAUAAGAAACCCAAUACUUACUUCUAGAAGUUGCUAAAAGAAUUUAAUCAAGUGAAUUGUUUAUACAUCUGAGUUAGGAAUGCAAUGCUGAAAAUGCUUCCUAAUUUUAAAGUAUGAAUUAAGGCCAUUUUCAUUACUGGCUAUUGGAUCAUAAUCUGUUGUCUUCGAACACUGUGGUUUUUUGAACCAUGCCUUGUUGAAGCUGUUUAUAUUUGAUGCUUGUAGAGGUGCCUUUCUUUUCUCUCUUCCCCUCCACCCCAAUGUGGACACCCCCCCAACCACUUAAACCUGUCUCUCUAGGGCUGUUUUAUUUCCUGGGCUCUAUUGUGAACUUCAGUCAAGACCCAGAUGUCCACUUUAAGUAUAUCCAGGCAGCUUGCAAGACUGGCCAAAUCAAAGAGGUAGAAAGAAUCUGCCGAGAAAGCAAUUGUUAUAAUCCAGAACGGGUGAAGAACUUUCUGAAGGUAAAACACCCACAGUACCAAACCAAGUGGUGGUAUUUUAAAUGUCUGUUUAGAUUUUUUUCUGUGUCACCCUUGUUUGUCAAUAUGUUUGUUUUAUUUUAAAUUGUGUUAACUUUUUAUGUUUGUUUGCUGCCCUGGGAAGAAGGGUGGGAUGAUGAUGAUGAUGAUGAUUCAGUCCUUAAUUCUGUUUUUACUGCCCUCUUGGGUUUGCUACUUUAAUACCACAUUGGUGAUCUCUCAUAAUAUAACCUGAGGUCAUCCUAUUAAAUUGAGUAUUCGGGAGAAUUCAUUUCAGACAAACAAACUAAAGGACUACUUCACACAGUGCAUAGUUAUCCUUUGGAAUUCCCUUCCACAAGAUGGCUUUAAAAGGGAUUGGGCAAGUUUGUGGAGGAUAUGGCUACUAAGCCAUGAUGACUCCCGUAUUUACUCAAAUCUAAUGCUCACCUUUUUUUGGCGAAAUUACGUUGCGAAAAUUAAGGUGCACAUGAGAUUCAAUGUCGCAUUUGCAUUCGCCAGCAAAUACUUUAUUUGGUUUCAAGGUUCUGAAAAUUGAGAUGCGCAUGAGAUUCGAUGGCGCAUUAGACUCGAGUAAAUAUGGUAUAUCUUGCCUCCAGUCCUGAAUACAGUAUGCUGAGAGAACGCUAGCAGGAGAGGGCUACCAACCGUUCUUCUUGGUUGUGAGUUGCUCACAGGCAGCUUGUUUGUUGCUGUGGGAAAACCAGAUGCUGGACUAGAGGGAAAUUUUGUCUGAAGCGCUUUUGUGGAAAGCUCCCCACUCUCCUUUCAUGAGUUGAGGAGCAAAUAAUAUGAGCAGAGAGACCUCUGAUAAUAGGAAGACUGCUUUAGAAUGUAGUGUGAGAUGUUAUUAGAGACAAGGCUUUAGGCCUGAGAUAGAACAGAGAAAAGGGGACAUGCAUCCCAGAGUUCAGAUGGGCAGAGUAAGGAGAGGGACUGAAGAGAGCGCUUAGGGGUGCAAAUAAAAAAAGAGAGCCUACGCACAGUGGGUGUUGCUUACUUGUCAGGGGACUGCCAUCGGAAAAGGGAAGGGAGGCAGAGAGGCUGUUGGAAUACAGGAAUACAGCAGUUCCUCUUCCUGCAGUGGGGAAUGCCCCACCUCUGGUGGGGAAGAGGGGAAGGGACCAAAGGAUGCUGCUGGGAGCCCCAGCGCCACACCUCGUCAGUCUGAGGGUAGGGGAAGCCACACCUCCGGGGUAAAGGAGGGGAAAGGGCUAGAGCAGGGGUCUGCAACCUGCGGCUCCGGAGCCGCAUGUGGCUCUUUUACACCUUUGCCGCGGCUCCGGGGUGGAUACUAGCAAGGGGAGGAGGCGCAUUGUGCGCCCCGACACUCCCCGCUGGCAGGCGCUGUACUGGCUGUGAUGUCGCAUGGGGGCGGUGCAUGCGUUAGUCACGCACCGUCCCGACAUCACCUUCCCGCCCGCUGUCAGAUCGGACAUUAAGGUAAGAAACAAUAUAUGCAGUGUUAUAUUUGUUUUAAAUGUCGCAAUGGUUUUGCGGCUUCCAGUUUUUUUUUCUUCGGAAACGGGUCCAAGUGGCUCUUUUUGUCUUAAAGGUUGCAGACCCAUGGGCUAGAGGAUGCUGCGGGGAGCCUCAGAACCGCUCCUGGCCAAGUUGGCCAGGAGGGAAACAUGCCUCUUGCGCAGAGGAGUAAAACGCAGAAAAGGAAGGAAAUGGCUGGGGGUUACUAAGUUCUUAUGUUGGGGGAGGACCUGGAAAGAACCACUCCUGGAUUCUGCUAGCGAUUGAGGCAGACAUGAACUGAUGGUUCUGCACUGUAAAUAGUUUUUGCACCAAAAUAAAGCCUGUAAAAGACAGGUUGGAGUCCUGCCUGGUUACUCACGAGCAACCGCCACUGACAUCUGACGUUACUGAACUGAUAGAAAUGCCCUUCUGCACUGAAGAGGGCUACACCUUUCCAUCCCAUUGACAAUAAAUGCACAUAGUGGCAUUUGGUAAUCUAUUGCAGAGGAAACGUGUAAUUUCUGGAAAGAGAAGCGCAGCCAUGUUGUUUGCCUGUGUCACAUAAGUAGUCCAUGUUCCACAGUAUUGAGCUGGGUUCUUUUGUAAUUAACCAGGUUUCCAUUCAAGUUUUUCUCUCUUGGACUUUUGUUCUUGCUUGUACUUUAUUGUUGCUCUCUUUCUCAUAAUGGUAUGUUGUUGUAUUUGCUCCUCUCCGUUUGUACAGGAAGCUAAGCUCACAGACCAGCUUCCCCUGAUAAUCGUCUGUGACAGAUUUGACUUCGUCCAUGACCUGGUUCUCUAUUUGUACCGUAACAACUUGCAGAAAUACAUUGAGAUCUAUGUUCAAAAGGUAAUGUAUCUACACAUGCGGUAAUUUGAUUCAUAACUUUUAAGAUCAUGCUUUUGAUGUCAGUGACAGCAGAUCCUUACCUUAGACAUCCAGCAGAAAAUGUGAUCGGGAAGUAAUCAGAGGAUACUCAAUAUGAAAUUUUAAGCAUAGCUACAGAUGGCUUUUUAUUUAAUGAUGGUUUUGAAUUGGUUGCAAUCUGCAGUUUACCAAUGUGUCUGUAUAACAAUAGCUUGGACAUUUUUUGGUGAGACCUGAAACUAAAAAUAAUGACUUGUUCUAGGUAAACCCAAGUCGUAUUCCAGCUGUGGUUGGAGGGCUUCUAGAUGUGGAUUGUUCUGAAGAUGUUAUCAAGAACUUGAUCAUGGUGGUGAGAGGCCAGUUCUCAACAGAUGAACUGGUAGCUGAAGUGGAAAAAAGAAAUAGGUAAGACCUGCAGACAAACUAAUUUUUAAAUUCCUUUAUUUCUAAAACUUCUUAGAUUCCAACUGCAAAGCUAUGUGCUUGUAAAAAACCACUGUGUCAGAAUAUUUCAAAAAACCACUUUAAGUCAGUACCCUUAUUAGACCAACUUUUUUCUCUGGGUCACACUUUCAGAAUAAAAAUUUGCUGCCGCCAUACUAAUUUUUUAAUUUAUAAGAAAUACAUUGGAAAACAAAAACUCCUGGCAGUACUUGAUUUAUAACACAGAACACAACUACUUUAUGAUGUGAUCAUGGGACAUCCAGAAAAUAUAAAACCAUGCAGCUACCUAAGAACACGAAUCAUUCCCAAAAUACAAACAAGCCUCUUUCCUUUGUACCUUAAGUAUGCGUACAAACUCAAUGAGAGGUGCUUUUGCUGGGAAAUCUCAUUAUAUUACGUUUAUUUUUUUAUUUUUUUAUGAUUUCCAGUUUUAUACAUUUCAAUAAUUUUACAAUCAUUUUAACAUUUCAAAACUCGAGUUCCUUCCCCCUCUUUCUUCAGUUCCUUAAAUUUAUUUUUUUAUAUUUUCUGCAUAUUCCAAAUUAACUUAUUUAUCUACUUCAAAUAUAUAUACGCUUAUAGAACUGCAGGUUAUUACAAUAGCCAUGCCAGUGUUCUUAUCUGUUUACAGUUUGUUUGUAAAUAUUCAAUAAACCAUUUCCAUUCUUUUAUGAAAAGUUUGUUGUCUUGAUUUCUUAUUUUUCCAGUAAGCGCCGCCAUUUCCGCAUAUUCCAUACGUUUUUGUAUCCAUUCUUCUUUCACUGGGACUACUACUUCUUUCCGUUUUUUGGCAAAUAACAUUCUUGCCACCGUAGUUGCAUACAUGAAUAAAUUUCUAUACAGUUUGGGUAGUUCUGUCCCUAUAAUUCCCAAAAAGAAGGCUUCUGGGGUUUUUACAAACGUUAUUUUAAACAUCUUUUUCAAUUCAUUACAUAUCAUUUCCGAGUAAGCUUUAACCUUACUACGAUAUUAAGUUUAAUUUGAGACAAACAAACUCUCAUCUCCUCAUCUACAGAAAGAAACCUUUGCCUUUUCUGUUCUUGAUGCUACACUAUAUUAUACUAUACUGAAAUGUUGAAUUUUUUUCUUUGCUUGCCCCUGAACCACACUCGCCAUUCUCUCCUGCCAAACCAAUGCGCCACACCCUUUAAGAACCACUGGUCUCAAUGGUAAACAGCAGUGAGGGUGGAAGAAAAAUGGCUGAUGGUGAAGCCAUCUGGUCCCAGUCCCAAGAUGGAAUAGGGAAGAAAUAGUAGACAUUCAAGUGAGGCUAUUCAAGUGCUAUGCAAGUAUUGGGUUUUGCCAAGGCUCGUCGGGAAAAAUAAUAUUUAAAAAUGACUGAUUUUGCCAUCUCCGGAAAUGGAAGAUGUGGCUGUUACGCAGAUUUGUCUCCAUCCUUAGGCAAGGGUUCCUUGGUAGAUGGAGAACAGGCCUUAAAGAAGAUAGGCAGUCCUUUAUAUUAGCAAAGGUGGACAUUUUAGGUGAUGCGCAAGGCAAAAACUCAGUAGAAGCCAAACUGACUAGCUUUACUUAGGAGUUGGAAGAAAUGCUUCCUCAUAGAAGAAAGUUUCACCAUUAGUAUAAAAUCCUCUUCCACUCACUUCAGAAUGGUUACAUUUCGUAUUCUUUGGUUAGCUCCUUAGCAGGGGUCCUCCCUCCUCUUUAUGCAGAAGGGGGUAGGGAAAGAGAGAGAUGGAAGUUGAUUCUGUGAUGCAGUUUAAAGGUGGGUCUUUGCUGGUUGCUAGUAGCAUAGAAAAUUAAUGAAUUGCAUUCUCAUUUAAGGCUUAAGCUGCUGCUGCCCUGGCUCGAGUCUCGAAUUCAUGAAGGCUGCGAAGAACCGGCAACACACAAUGCACUGGCUAAAAUCUAUAUUGACAGCAACAACAACCCAGAACGCUUUCUGCGGGAGAACCCCUUUUACGACAGCCGUGUUGUGGGCAAAUACUGUGAAAAGAGGGACCCCCACUUGGCAUGUGUUGCUUAUGAGAGGGGACAGUGUGACCUUGAACUCAUAAAGGUAUUUUAGUGUUGUCUUGCUGUAGCUUACCUAUAUUGUGCUCUCUCUUCUCCUCUGUCCCCACCCCCAAUUGUACCAUGUACAGUGGUGCCCCGCAAGACGAAUGCCUCGCAAGACGGAAAACUCGCUAGACGAAAGGGUUUUCCGUUUUUGAGCUGCUUCGCAAGACGAAUUUCCCUAUGGGCUUGCUUCGCAAGACGAAAAUGUCUUGCAAGUUUGUUUCCUUUUUCUUAACACCGUUAAUACAGUUGCAACUUGACUUCAAGGAGCAACUCAUAGAACGCAGUGUACAUAGUAGCCUUUUUUGAGGUUUUUAAAGACUUUGGUGAUUUUUGAAGCUUUUCCAAAACUUCUUUUGCAGCCAAGUUAAGCUUUUAAAACUUUUUUGGGGGGUUUUGGAUUUUGGGUUGGGGUGUUUGGAAUUCAAGGACUUGGUGUUGGGGAGGGGUUUGCAAGAAUCUGGAAGCUUGUGUGUCUUUUUCUGCAUUUUUAUGAUUUUCUGUGACCAUUGGGCCACUCUGCUGUUUUGUGUCAAAAAUUCUGGUGUUGUAUUUCUGUGUGCUGGGUGGCGGGGGGAAGAGGUGGGGAGGGGUUUGCAAGAAUCUGGAAGCUUGUGUGGUUUUUUCUGCAUUUUUAUGAUUUUCUGUGACCAUUGGGCCACUCUGCUGUUUUUUAAAAAAAUUCUGGAUUUGAAUUUCUGUGUGCUGGGUGGCUGGGGAACAGUUGGGGAGGGGUUUGCAGGAAUCUUGAAGCUUGUGUGUUUUUUCUGCAUUUUUGUGAUUUUCUGUGACCACUGGGCCACUCUGCUGUUUUUUUAAAAAAAUUCUGGAUUUGAAUUUCUGUGUGCUGGGUGACUGGGGGAACAGUUGGGGAGGGGUUUGCAACAGUUGGGGAGGUUGUUGUACCAAAUUUGGCUUUGUUUGGACUUUUUGACCAUAGGAACGCAUUAAUUGAUUUUCAAUGCAUUCCUAUGGGAAUUCGUGAUUCGCAAGACGAAAAAUUCGCUAGACGAAAAAACUCGCGGAACGAAUUAAUUUCGUCUUGCGAGGCACCACUGUAAGUGGAUUUGAUUAUAUCAUAUGCAUAUGGAAUUGCAGCGAAGAGUGGUUAAGAAAUCUGUCAAAUCUAAUUCUUAUUUUCUCAUAGUUAUGAACAUUCAAAGGUUGCCAUCUUCUGGUGCACAAGCCACGAUUGUGUAUGCAAAGCAGCAUUAGCUGGUGGCUUUCAAACUGUAUAUUUUGGGUAAUCUCAUUAUUCCUCAAUGAGAAGAUCAGCAAUAGUAGAUGAGCCACCUGUUAGUUCAGAUAUCUUCCCUUCCCCAGUCAGUUUUGAAACAAAUUUCCUGGAAGGCUUGUUUGCUCACCGCAGCCAGCCUUUCCAUAUGACAGGUGUGCAGAACCUUUUGUUCUCCAGAUGUUGCUAAAAUACAACACCCAUCAGCUACAAGCACAGCAAGUGGCAUGGGGUGAUGGGAGUUGUAGUUCAGCAAUAUCUGGAGGUCCAAAGGACACCUGCCCUAUGGCAGCAAGGAAACAUUAGGUGUAUUCUAAGGAAUGCACUCAGUUUGAAUGGUGAGAAGCUAAUAUAGACCUAUGUUAGCUUUCUCCAACCCAGUGCUCUGCAGGCCCAACCAAUGUAGCUGUUUUGGGGCUGAUGGGAGUUGUACUCCAAACAUCUGGAGGGCACCAGGUUGGGAAAGUGCCUUAUAUGAACAGUAUGUUUGUCCUUGAGUGGUACCCACAAUCUUCCGCAGUGCACAGUUGCUCCCUUGCAGAUAUGCAGAGGUUCCUUCGCAGGUAGUUCAGUGAAGCAUUAGAGAAUCCUUUCUCCAAAUUUAUAAAACUCUCUGGUGAAUGCAAACAGCUGCUUCAUGUGGUGCAUAAAAGGUACAGGCAACUUUCUCGCUACAAGACUGGGUUACAAAUACACAUUGUGUUUCUCUGAUGAACUGACCCUUUAACACAGAGCUUUCCAUGUUGGUGACACACUUUUUAGACAUGUUGGUGACACACUUUUUAGACACGCAUCAUUUCACGACACAGCAAUUCAGUUUUACUAGCAAACUGGAGGUUAAACUAACCCCUUUCCAGCCCCGGGAGGAGCGUUUGCAUGACACACCUUCACACUGCAGCCGACACACUAAUGUCGCGACAUACAGUUUGGAAAGCUCUGCAAGUUUAACAUAUAUUAGCAAGUGUGCACAGAUUUACUAAGGUAUGCAUACUUCAGGGAUAGAGCUAGUCUUGGUACUAGUUGUGUUACAGUGAGAGGGGGAAAGACUGGCAUCUACUGGAGUUCAUACCAUGGACACAUUAUAAGGCACUCUCCCUAUUACUGAAAUAAAUAUACAGUGGUACCUCGGGUUACAUUUAGCUCGGGAAACUUUUAAUGUUUAAUAGGUUAUUGUAUUUUAGUGUUUUGUUGGAAGCCGCCCAGAGUGGCUGGGGAAACCCAGCCAGAUGGGCGGGAUAUAAAUAAUAAAUUAUUAUUACAUACGCUUCAGGUUACAGACGCUUCAGGUUACAGACUCUGCUAACCCAGAAAUAGUACCUCGGGUUAAGAACUUUGCUUCAGGAUGAGAACAGAAAUCGUGCUCUGGGGGUGCAGUGGCAGCAGGAGGCCCCAUUAGCUAAAGUGGUGCUUCGGGUUAAGAACAGUUUCAGGUUAAGAAUGGACCUCCAGAACGAAUUAAGUACUUAACCCGAGGUACCACUGUAAUUCAAGAUAAGCUUUUAGUGAUAAAAUGGAAUGUGAUGAGGAAGUUGAGAUAAAGUUAUGGCUCACAGCUGAUUAGUUAAUGGGACACUGUCUCAAAAUAAAAUAUAACUUUUGUACUGACUACUAAACUGACAUUCUGUGGAUGCUUUUGCAGUAACAUUUGUUGGCAUUCAACUUAAAGCAGUUCCUUCAAGAUGGUUUAUUGAGUUGAACGAGAUGAAGUGUGUUGUUGAAAGGACACUCAACAUUUGCACUUCAUCCAGCUGCUUCCUUGUUCUGUCUUGCAAUCAGAUCUCUGGAGCCUCUCGAUCUGUGCUUGGUGAAUCUCUUCUCAGUAAAGGCUGUGUGUCCAUGGGUUUUCUGAAAAGGAAAGCCAGCUUCGAAAAGCAAGGUGCCACAGAAUUGGAAGCGUUGCAAAUUAAAUGGAAUUACAGCCUAAUUACGGCUUCCAGUGAAUCUGGAAAUAGCUGCCUAGAAAUAGCUGCUUUUAGUCCAAAUAUAUACUCCAUGCGUUUAUUGUCCUUUUCCUUUGUUUCUUUCAGGUCUGCAAUGAGAACUCCUUGUUCAAGAGCGAAGCUCGCUAUCUGGUGCGCAGGAAAGAUCCAGAACUGUGGGUAAACGUUCUGGAGGAAAACAAUCCAUUCAGGAGGCCGCUCAUUGAUCAGGUAUAGCAAGUAGACUGGAUUUGUACAAAAUAGGAAGAAUGUAGUGGUUGGUGACUGAGCAAGAAGAGAAACGUCAUCUGUUCUUCAGCAUUGUGCUCUGAAAAGGGUAGCAGUUGCCAAAGAUCUUAUGUAGUCCCUCAUUUCCCAUAGUUCUCCUCUAAAUGAGAUCAGCCUUGCCCCUCUAAUGCUCUAUGCCUGCCUACCUGCCCGUCUGUUUGCUCCAUAAGAGUAUCAUUUGUUUUCCCCUUGUUUCUCUGCCUAUUAUUUUUUCUCUUCAAACACCCGUAAACCCUUCCGUGCUGAACUCUUAUUUUCUGGUGGGGAAGGCUGCUUGUGAUUCUGUGUUAGAUACAUGCCAAGCAAGCCAAAUAGUUUGAUGCUUAUACUUCUUCCAGACCCAUCUAUUUCCUUCAUAAACUAAACUUUGUUCCUUGAAAGUUAAAUACACUCCUGCUUUCCUUUCCUAACUAACUAGCUUCCUAAAACUAAGCUGCUAGUAUGCUCUCUUCAUGCCACUAGCAGACAUUUUUGUUUUGUUUUUUUUAAACAUUCAGGUUGUCCAAACCGCAUUGUCAGAAACGCAGGAUCCAGAGGAGGUUUCUGUGACUGUCAAAGCUUUCAUGACAGCUGACUUGCCCAAUGAGCUCAUUGAGCUACUGGAAAAGAUUGUUUUGGAUAACUCUGUCUUCAGUGAGCACAGGUAGGAAAGGGAAGGCCCUCCCUCCCCACUACACUAAAUAUGCAUGGAAAUGACUGUUAUGUGCUAGGCUUCAUAGUGUAAGGUUUGCUCUAAAAUGGGUAUACUAUAUAUAUACACUAUAUACUGUAUAUAGCAGGCCUGAAGCUCAACAUCAAAAAAACGAAGAUCAUGGCCACUGGGCCCAUUACCUCCUGUCAAAUAGAAGGGGAAGAAAUGGAGGCAAUGAGAGAUUUUACUUUCUUGGGCUCCAUGAUCACUGCAGAUGGUGACAGCAGUCACGAAAUUAAAAGACGCCUGCUCCUUGGGAGAAAGGCGAUGGCAAACCUAGACAGCAUCUUAAAAGCAGAGACAUCACCUUGCCAACAAAGGUCCGUAUAGUUAAAGCCAUGGUUUUCCCAGUAGUGAUGUAUGGAAGUGAGAGCUGGACCAUAAAGAAGGCUGAUCGCCGAAGAAUUGAUGCUUUUGAAUUAUGGUGCUGGAGGAGACUCUUGAGAGUCCCAUGGACUGCAAGAAGAUCAAAUCUAUCCAUUCUGAAGGAAAUCAGCCCUGAGUACUCACUGGAAGGACAGAUCGUGAAGCUGAGGCUCCAAUACUUUGGACACCUCAUGAGAAGAGAAGACUCCCUGGAAAAGACCCUGAUGUUGAGAAAGAUUGAGGGCACAAGAAGAAGGGGAUGACAGAGGACGAGAUGGUUGGAGAGUGUUCUCGAAGCUACAAACAUGAGUCUGACCAAACUGCGGGAGGCAGUGGAAGACAGGAGUGCCUGGCGUGCUCUGGUCCAUGGGGUCACGAAGAGUCGGACAUGACUAAACGACUAAACAACAACAAAUAUAUAGCAGAAGUAGUAGACCAGCCACUGCAAGCCUAAUUGUCCGCCCCCCACAGCAAUUUCAGAUGGGACCCUUCCCAAUACAGUCAUACCUCGGGUUACAGACACUUCAGGUUGCGUUUUUUAGGGUUACAGACACACCAAAACCCGGAAGUACUGGAAUGGGUUACUUCCAGGUUUCGGUGGUUGCGCAUGCACAGAAGCGCUAAGUCACUUUGCGCAUGUGCAGAAGUUCUGAAUUGCAACCCACGCUUGCGCAGACGCUGCGCUGUGGGUUGCGAACGCUGCGGGUUGUGAACGUUCCUCCCGCACAGAUCACGUUCACAACCCAAGCGUUCACUGCAUUUAGCUGUGGCAACACAAUCAUUUUUUUUUAUUAUCUUGGCCAUUGCCCCAUCCUCCUUGUCCUUUGCUUCGAGAUGUUUCAUGAGGCUUUUCUUAUGAUUGAGAAUGGAACUUAGCUGUGUUGGUCUGCUUGGCGUUAUCAUUUGGAACUGCAAGGGAAGUCAGCUGUGUUGAGGGCUGUUGUCUCCGGGGCCCUGGAAUGGGAGACCCCAAAGACUUUUUCCAUUGGGGUCAAGCAGAAUGCAGCGCUGGAAAAGGCAUUUCCCCUCUUCUCCAGUGCACUUAGUGACAUAAGCCAGCUGGUAUAUGCACACUUAAUCUUCUGGCAUAACACAGCAAGAAGAGCGAGACAUCGUAGAUCUAAUCUACUAUUUAUUUACACACUAUGUACAGACAAAGGCAUAAUGGCAUCCAUUCUCUCCAGCUCCGAGAGAACAAACAAAAAUAAAAGCGAAAGUACAGUGUAAAAGUACCCGCAGUGGAAGAGAUAAGACUUCUUCCUUUCCCAGAGUUGUCCCAGACAGGCAUGUGAUUUACAACAAUCUCAUCUGCAGCAUCGGAGGAGUGAAAUUGCUAACAGUUUCCUUGUAGAUAGAGGCGGCAACAGUGGUGCAUAGUUUGCUGCAGAGACGUUUGGACUGUGAAUUAUAAUAGCAAUAAAUAAUGAGUGAAGAAAUUAUUAUUAUUAUUAUUAUUAUUAUUAUUAUUAUUAUAUGCUGCCCAUCUGACUGGUUUGCCCCAGCCACUCUUGGUGGCUUUCAGCAGAUUAAACCAUCAGACAGAGUAAAACAUCAGUCCUUAAAAACUUCCUUAAACAGGGCUGCCUUCAGGUGUUGUCUAACAGUCUGAUAGUUGUUUAUUUCCUUGACAUCUGAUGGGAGGGCGUUCCACAGGCCGGGCGCCACUACCAAGAAGGCCCUCUGCCUGGUUCCCCGUAGCCUCACUUCUCGCAGUGAGGGAACCACCAGAAGGCCCUUGGAGCUGGAUCUCAGUAUCCGGGCUGGGUGAUGGGGGCAGAGACACUCGUUCAGGUAUACAGGGCAUCCUGAAACAAUCAUCUUGUUUCAGUUGCUCAGCAAAUUUUUAUUGAGUAUCAGUUGUUUUGUGAAUCAGCAUGUGAAACUGAGUAUAUGGCAGCUUUUCAAAACAUGAGUUUGGUAUGUAUUUUAAAUUUAGGAGUCUAUCCUCUGUAGGCUUGGGAAGGUAGCACAGAUGAAUCAAGAGGGCUGCUUACAAUAAAUACAAUAAAUAAACCAAUUACUUAUUAAAGAGACAAAGAGCCAAUAAAAUAUUAAUGGAUUUGUUAAAUUAAAUAGUAAUGAAUUAUUACUGAGCUUUUGGCCCUCUGCCACACUCGCUUUCACACUUGGCCUCCCUGUACAAGGAGAAAUGUACCAGUGUGGCUCUUGUGAUGAAAAUGGCUAGCCACCCCAGUUAUAUAGUGUGACAGGCCACAACCCUGCUCAUGUUUCUAUUGCGUUGUGAAGUUGCAUUGACUUGAGCUGCUAGAAGCUAGUUUUGGUUUCAAGUUAAUUAAUGCUCACUUUUAAAACUGGUUACUGUUGCCCACACAUAGUUGUCUUUUAUUCCUGCGCCACUCCUAAAAUACUCUUACGCAAACUCUGCAGGGAAGCCUGCUAGUUGAAUCUACUUCUUGACUGUUUGAUUCUUUGCCCUUAAAAGGAAUCUUCAGAAUCUCCUAAUACUGACGGCCAUUAAAGCAGACCGAACACGCGUGAUGGAGUAUAUAAACCGCCUAGACAACUAUGAUGCCCCAGAUAUUGCAAAUAUUGCUAUUAGCAAUGAGCUGUACGAAGAAGCUUUUGCCAUCUUUCGGAAAUUUGAUGUGAAUACUUCUGCAAUUCAGGUGAGGCUCAGUACAGAUCAACAGCUAGUGCAUCUUGCAGAGACCUCCCUUGACCUAGAAAAUUAAAUAUUGUAAUGCUUAUGCAUGAAACGUCAGCAAAAUGUAGCACACUUGGAUGUUUAUAUCAGGCAUAGGCAAAGUCGGCCCUCCAGAUGUUUUGGGACUACAACUCCCAUCAUCCCUAACAGGACUAGUGGUCGGGGAUGAUAGGAAUUGUAGUCCCAAAACAGCUGGAGGGCCGAGUUUGCCUAUGCCUGGUUUCUAUACCUGAAGAGCAAGAAGGGAGUCUUAACUUCAAGGAUGAGUGACAGUGGCUGUUUCCUUGGUUGUAUUGGGUAGAUUUAUAUAAACCUGUUCAGUGAUGUCCAAGGCUUUGCCAGAAACUGUCAUCACCUACAUGAGCUGCUGAACUUUUUUUUUUCUUCCUCAAGAUGGCAAGCUUUCUAUUUGCCCGGUAAAUCCACUAGACAUAUACAAAUAUAUGCAGCACUGGAUGAAUGGGGAGAGGUUGUGCCCAUAUAAUGCAACAGUCUAUGGAACACUGCUUUAUACAGUGGUACCUCUGGAUACGAAUUUAAUUUGUUCCGGGGGUCCAUUCUUACCCUGAAACAUUUGCAUCCAGAGGCGCCUGUUCUGCGCAUGCGCGGGCGGCGGAAACCUUUCCGUUACUUCUGGGUUUGCCGUGUGCGUAGCCCGAAGCAUUCGUAUCCAGAGGUGUUCGUAACUAGAGGUACCACUGUAUAUAAAAUCUGAACCCUCGCUAUAUGAACACUGCUUCAUGUAUAAAUUGUCAGAUUCAGUGAUUUGUUUUAAAGGAUUAUGUUACUUUGUGCAUUUUAUUUGUUUACACAAGCCACAGGGUGGUUUUCAUCAGCAUAAAGGACAACGUAUAAACCAUCUAAAUAAACAAAAGAUUCUAGUGAUGUUCUAAGGUUGUUUGGGCUUUGUACCUUUUUCUAGACUUGAAUCAUUCUUCUUUUUCUUUUUCUUUCUCUCUCCCCCCACCCCCAACUCUCUGUGGUGCCCACUGGACAUUUAUUGGGACUUUCAUUUUGGUAACCUCUCCUAGGUGUUGAUAGAACACAUUGGCAACUUGGAUCGUGCUUAUGAAUUUGCCGAGAGAUGUAAUGAACCAGCAGUUUGGAGCCAGCUGGCCAGAGCACAGCUCCAAAAGGACUUGGUGAAGGAAGCCAUAGAUUCUUACAUAAAGGCUGAUGAUCCUUCUGCCUACAUGGAAGUUGUCCAGGCAGCCAACAGAAAUGGUAAGCUCAAAUGUUUCUUUUCACUUAGCAGGACGUGGUAAUUUUAAUCCUUGCUCGAUUAGCGGAAAUCCUUUGGGAAGACCAUCAUUUGACAAAGCUGGAUUAUAUAAAACAUCCCCAUGCCAGAUCUCUUCAGUAUGUACCUCUAAUUCUGAAAGGGUUGCAUGGUAAUAAAUAGAAAUGUGUUAAGUUUGUUUAAAAACACUGAUAAAAGGUACUUCAGAUAAAUGAAUUACUAGAAUAUCCAUCCUGUUUAGGAUCGGUAUUUCAGUACAGUAUACAUAAAAUCUCUUUGUACUGCUGAGAGGUGGAGCAUAUUGUUGCUUCUUUGCAAGUGUAGGGAACAAAAAAACAAAAACUAAACUAAAUUCAAGGGAACUAAUUUAUCUUUAUCCUCUUCUCUCCCCUUGCCUGCUUGUUAAGAUAACUGGGAGGAUCUGGUUAAAUUUUUACAAAUGGCUAGGAAAAAAGCAAGGGAAUCUUACGUCGAGACUGAACUUAUAUUUGCCUUGGCAAAAACUAAUAGGCUCUCGGAGCUAGAAGAGUUUGUCAGUGGCCCCAACAACGCUCACAUACAGCAGGUAUGUUUUCUACUUAAAUGCUAGCACUUCCAGCUAAACUAACUUCUGACCUGGAUUUUGUAAUACGCCAGCUCCAGCUUUUGUGCCCCAGCACUCCUUCACUGUCACAAACUCUUCCUCUUUAGGUUGGCGAUCGCUGUUAUGAGGAGGGCAUGUACGAUGCGGCCAAACUUCUCUACAACAAUGUGUCUAACUUUGCUCGCCUGGCAUCUACACUGGUUCAUCUUGGGGAGUACCAGGCAGCUGUUGAUAGUGGCCGCAAAGCCAACAGCACCAGGACGUGGAAGGAGGUAACUCGUUUUGUGCUGCAAGGGAAGGUAUUAAGACUAGCAGUUAAAGAUCUCGACACAACCUAAUGGCUGCUGUUUAAAAAAACCAACCACCCUAGUGCAAAAGGCAAUACCUUUUUUAGAGAAUCAAUUGCAUCUUCUGUUCUGAACGGCAGGACCAAAGGGAGGGCUUGUGGGAGUGGUUGGGUGCAGGGAUACCAAAGAAGGAUGCUAAGAACAUCAGAAUGGCCUGUUCUAGUGCUUUAUUAAAAAAGGUAUGGAUUUACAGCAAAGCAGCCUGCCAGUUCUCCAAGGCUUUGCAGAUACAGGGCGGACACCGCAGCAAGAAGAUGGCUUCUCCGCGCCCAAGCCAACAUGCAUACAAUCUUUAUACACAAAGCAGCAUAUGUCACUUUGUCUAGGACCUCCCAACACUUCACCUGCCCAGAUGAGGACAUAGGUGGCAAAUACCCAGGUCUUACAGAUAGCUCCCCUUUCUGGGCUCAGAGCCCAGCACCCCCGAGCCCAAGGAUAAGGAUAACAUCCAAGUGAGCCAAUUAGCUUAUAUCAAAGCACGUGAAUAAACAUAUAUGAGCUCAUUUCUGCAACCACUACCAAUUAAUCAUGGGGUUAUCUUGACUACCAAGAUGGUGCUAUCAAAGCUUCUGGAACAGUCCACAUGAGGGUCAACACAACCUUCAUACCUACUUUAUGGAAAAUAUUUCAGAUCAAUGUCCAUGUGGGGGACUGGCUCAAAUCCUGAUCUAAGGGAUAUAAGGUAUUUGGGCAAGUUGACUUGUAACACAGUUUGCUAACAGCAUUUUUUGUUUCCCACUUGCAGGUGUGCUUUGCGUGUGUGGAUGGAAAGGAGUUCCGGCUUGCGCAGAUUUGUGGCUUACACAUAGUAAUCCAUGCUGAUGAGCUUGAAGAGCUGAUCAGCUAUUAUCAGGUGGGAUUCCUUUAACUGUUUUGAAAGUGUAAAAUGCCCCUGGCUGCUUGUUUGCAGCAGUGCUAUUAUAGUAUUUAAAACCCGAUUCCCCACAAGCUUAAGACAGCUAACGCAAGCUAAAAGAUCCGUAGUAUUUAUGGCUUAAGUUAAUGUUAAUUGAUAUCCAGUAUGGACAGGGCUAAAGCCAGGUGUACAUCUCUAGAAAACUGCAGCUGGAGGAAUUAAUGUUAUGCCACAAGUUUUCUUUGCUUCAGUAGAAUAUUCUACACAUUCAUUAGGAGGCUAGAGAACCACUUCAAAUGGCUGUGCAGAUGCACCAAGGUGUGUCGUCAGUGUGUCAUAGUCUAAAUGUUGGGCCUUCUAGUUCCCAGCUGCUGCUUCAUACUAAAUGGCCCACAUACCUUAUCCUUCACUUAUGAACAAGCUACUACAAUGGUACCUCGGUUUUCGAACGUAAUCCGUUCUGGAAGACAGUUUGGCUUCCAAUACAUUUGAAAAGCAAGGCGCGAAGGGCCUUGCAGAGGUGACCUGCAAUUUCAGUGGAGAAAAUGGGGGGGGGGAACGCAGCGGAAGCCGUUCUACUUCCGAGGUGUGUUUGAAAAUGGAAGCAUUUCCUGCUUGGUUUUUGGCGUUUGAAAACCGAAACGUUCUGCUUCUGAGACACUUGAAAACCGAGGUACUACUGUACUACUGACUUUGAAUGUUGCCUAAAGGUGUUUAGAACAUCCUAUAUCUAAGUUAAACAGUCUCUUCUGCAAUCUUUUUUAAUACAUUCCGUCUUCAAGCAUUAUCACUGGUUUUAAAAUUGCAAGGCUUUUUCAUUUUUCUUUGCAAGUGAGAUAUAUGCUUCUUAAACAUGCUGUGGUUUUUAAUCCUAGGAUCGUGGAUACUUUGAAGAGCUGAUUGCCCUCUUAGAAGCUGCUCUGGGCCUUGAGCGUGCCCACAUGGGGAUGUUCACUGAACUUGCCAUCUUGUACUCUAAAUACAAACCUCAGAAGAUGAGAGAGCACCUGGAAUUGUUUUGGUCCAGAGUCAACAUUCCCAAGGUAUUUGACAGUAUACCUGCAAUUGAGUCAAUCAUGUAACACAAAUUAUUUAAAAGUUGUUUUUUUAAAAAUGCCUGCUUUCCUAGCAACAAAAAUACAUGUCAAUUCAAAUAAAAUAAAAACCAUAGUGGACACAGAAAAAAAGUGUCAUAGGACAAGGGUAAUAUCCAAAGACAUUCCAGAAGAAAGUUUUUACUGUGGAAAGCUGGGAGUGAGGUGGCCAGGUGAAUAUUGAGGGCGAGAGGAGUGGGCAGUUCCUGGGGGAAAUGGAGAAAAGAUCCUGACCUGUUUAGUUACCCACCUUCUGAUUUCCACAAGCAGGACAAUGCAGAACGUGGCACCCAGUGGUGGAAUACUGGGCAAGUUCAUGGGGAUAGCAGUAGUUCUUCAGCUAUCUUGGCCUCAGGCUAUUUAAGGCUUGUACUGUCAAAGAUUGCAUACUUUAAUUGGGCCCCGAAUUAAACAGAGCGAGUGGCCUGAAUUCUUGUCUUUUCAGUGGGCUCUACUUAAACUAUUGCUUUGGCUACUGCCUGAUUUGUACCUUACCUUUCCUCUCCCCACAAGGUGCUUCGGGCAGCAGAACAGGCCCAUCUUUGGGGAGAGCUGGUUUUCCUCUAUGACAAAUACGAAGAAUAUGACAACGCAAUAAUUACAAUGAUGAACCACCCUACCGAUGCAUGGAAGGAAGGGCAGUUCAAGGACAUAAUUGCAAAGGUAAGCAGCUGUAAUGGUAACAACUCCUCAGCUUGACCCCAAAACAUGUUGAGUUUCACACCGGUUCAGGUAUUCAGAUCUGUUGGUGUGUCUUGAAAACCCAGCGCGUGGCCAAGGGACUAUAAGACAUAGCCAAAUCUUCCUGUGGCAGGAACACCAUACAUCAUCCAGCUUCUUACUAAUACAUUCUGAUUUUCUAAAGUUGCUUCUCUGAGAAACAGGCCCUUAUGCACCCUCAUCCAAUCCAUUAUUGCCAGACACUGUUUUAGCACCAAAGCAGCUUCCUCACAUUUAGAUGGAAAGAAGAGGGAGAGAGUUGGGUAUCAUCUGCAUACUGGUGGCACUGAACCUCAAAGCACCAGGCAAGCUCUCCCAGCAGUUUCAUGUGGUUUUGACAACUAUUAACUCUUUAGUUAUAGGAGAGCCAGUGUGGUGUAGUGGUUAAGAGCGGUAGACUCGUAAUCUGGUGAACCGGGUUCGCGUCUCUGUUCCUCCACAUGCAGCUGCUGGGUGACCUUGGGCUAGUCACACUUCUUUGAAGUCUCUCAGCCCCACUCACCUCACAGAGUGUUUGUUGUGGGGGAGGAAGGGAAAGGAGAAUGUUUCUGCUUUGAGUCUCAUUCUGGUAGUGAUAAAGCGGGAUAUCAAAUCCAAACUCUUCUCUUCUUCUUUAUCCAGCCCAACAGGGCAUCAGACAUGCAUCACUUCUUAGGUACACUUAAGUUAGCAACUAUGAUUCCAUUUUCUAAGGAUGGCAGCAUGUUAAAGCUUGCAGAUUUCUUUCUUUAUUUGCUCUAACUUUUUAUACAGUACUGCCAUGCAGAGCUGUUAAAGACUCUUGAGCACCAAAUAAGAGGGUCAUAGUUAACUAAAUGCUGUUUGUUAAAUCACUCUCAGGGGCAGCCAAUUACCUCACAGCUUGAAUUUGUUCUCUAGGUGGCCAAUGUGGAGCUAUAUUACAAAGCGCUGCAGUUUUACUUGGAUUAUAAACCACUGCUGAUCAAUGAUCUCCUUCUGGUAUUAUCUCCAAGGCUGGAUCACACCAGGACGGUCAGCUUUUUCUCCAAGGUGAGUUAGAGGAGGCACAAAUUUAAAAUGGGCUAAAUUACAUACUUCUCUUGAAGACCUUUCCAUUUCAAAUUGUACCUUCAAGGCAAAAGGGGUUUCAUCUCUUAUCAUGCCAAGACAUGAUAAUAAUAAUAAUUUAUUAUUUAUGCCCCACCCAUCUGGCUCAGUUUCCUUAGACUAACUUUUCCCCCCGUUUCCAAAUCCUCCUGUUGCAUACAUAAAUUUGUAUAAAAUGACUUAAGGUAGAAAUGUGAAUGUAUGGGGGGAUGGGGAGGAAAUGGUGUUGGCUUUCGUACAUCUGUAUUGUAAAGUAAUAUGUGAAAACCAAUUAAAAAAAACCACAUAAAAAAAUAAAAAUAAAAUGACUUAAGGUCUUAAAUUGUGGAUAUACCAUUUGUUCCAAUAAGGUUUUGUUUUGGGAGAUGACUAGUUUCUAGGGUUUAAUGUGACUUAAAUUAGGUGGGCCCUGUUACCUUAGAGAUGUACUUUGUGGGAGGCCCUUCGGCAAGAACAACUCUUUGCCUAAACAAUUGCAUUGCCCCUAGGUUGAUCAACUGCCUCUAGUGAAACCUUACCUGCGCUCAGUCCAGAAUCAUAAUAAUAAAGGAGUCAAUGAAGCGCUGAACAAUCUUCUGACAGAGGAGGAAGACUACCAGGUGAGUUUGCCAGCGAUUAUGGCAUUUUUCUAUAGAAGCAUAAUUAUGGCAUGUAUGCAGAAUGACUACAUAAUUCAUUACUUUAAAAUGCUUAAUCUUUGUAUCAGCUCCAUAGAUUCCUCUUCAGCCAGCCCUUUGGUUGAUUAAUUAAUAUUCAAUGGCCUUUUAAAUGUGUUUGUGGGAGGGGGGGUUAUUAUUAAUUUUUGUUGUAACUAUUUUGUGCUUUUACCCUGUAUUUUUUAUCUCGUGAACUGCCCUGAGAUCUUCAGAAUGAAGGGCAGUAUAUAAAUUAAAUAAAUAAGCAAAUAAAUAAAUUAACACCCCCCCCAAUUUGCCCAGAAGGCCCUUUGGCUGAAAAAUGUUCCCCAUCACUGCAUUAAACAGAUCUGAGGUCAGUGGUUUUAAGUGCGUACAGAGUAGUUUCUGAUGUAAAUCUGUAGCCCGCUACUUAAAGCCCAUGGGAGAAUGUCCUUUGUGUUUUGCUGUGCUCAGAAGCUUCGACGAAAACUCUGUGAUACAGCACUGUAGGCUUAGCAUCGCUUGUAGCAAUUUAAAUCGCUCCUCCAUGUGCCUGACUAUAACUUUCUCCCCCUUCCAAUAGGGCUUGCGAGCAUCCAUUGAUGCCUACGACAACUUUGAUAACAUUACACUGGCUCAGCGUCUAGAGAAACAUGAGUUGAUUGAAUUCAGACGCAUUGCUGCUUACCUGUACAAAGGCAAUAACAGAUGGAAGCAGAGUGUUGAGCUCUGCAAGAAAGAUCGCUUAUAUAAGGUCUGUUUUCGUUUUGCGUUGUUAGUUCCUCCUGGUAUGUACAGUGGUACCUCGGGUUAAGUACUUAAUUCGUUCCAGAGGUUCGUUCUUAACCUGAAACUGUUCUUAACAUGAAGCACCACUUUAGCUAAUGGGGCCUCCUGCUGCUGCUGCUGCGCCGCCGGAGCAAGAUUUCUGUUCUUAUCCUGAAGCAAAGUUCUUAACCUGAAGCACUAUUUCUGGGUUAGCAGAGUCUGUAACCUGAAGCGUAUGUAACCUGAGGUACCACUGUACUGGGAGCACGCGGGAUGGAAUUUUAAACAAUUUUUUUUCGUAAAAGCCUGCAGAAGAUGAAGCAGUCCUACACCUGUUUUUGCGCUUAUGCAUCCUGCUCUAGUAUCAUGCAUGAGAAGUCUGAUGUAGUUACUUCAUGGCUCUAAAUAAGUUUCAUGGUGUUCUGUAGGAUGCUAUGCAGUAUGCCGCAGAAUCCAAAGAUGCUGAGCUGGCAGAGAAACUGCUUCAGUGGUUUCUGGAAGAAGACAAGAAAGAGUGUUUCGCAGCUUCUCUCUUCACGUGUUACGACCUGUUGCAUCCGGACGUGGUCCUUGAGCUGGCAUGGAGGCACAACAUUAUGGACUUUGCGAUGCCUUAUUUUAUCCAGGUGAUGAGGGAGUACCUGACCAAAGUAAGUGUGGCUUCUCUAGAAAGGCUUGUUGCCUUGAUCUCGAGUCCUGGGUGACAUGCUUCAAAUUUUGCCUCUAAAUGACCUGGCAAAACGUUUCAGUUAUUACCAAAUUGCUUUAAAUGUCAUAUUGCGAAUGGUGGGGUGGAGACUAGCAGGAAUCCUGAGAUCCAGCCUGAAAAAAUGAAGGGAACUAUAAAAAGGACCUAGCUCUUCGCAUACAUUUUCUGGAACUUGCCAACACCUAGUUAGUAGAUUUACUCUUUUUAUUAUUUUAUUUUUAGCCUCCCACUACAGAUGGCCAGACACGCUAGCCAAAACUUCUCCUGGCUGCUCCCAUUGCCGCUAAACCUUAAGAUUUAAGUUUUUUUCCGUGAAGAAGUUGAUCUCUGUUCUUUUUCACUUUUAAACAUUUGGACUACUUCACUUUUACUAGCUCAAUUGACUAAAACACUUUCUUUUAGAUGUUCUUCCCUACUUGGAAUACUACUUGGAAUUGUUUUGGAAACAAAUGUGCUCACACGCUGCUCUCCGUGAGCUGCAUGGAUCUGCUGUUUCCUUUUUAUUCUUUUGACUGCCUGUAAAAAAGGCAUCAGGGUGGGAUGCUGAAAGCUGGCUGGAUCUUAGAGAUCUGUAACUGACAGCCAUGUAUUUCAGGCCAAAGGGACUACUUACAUACUCAUCCUUUUUGUAAGCACCUGGAUAUUAAAAUAAUAAUAAUUUUCCGCUAGAAUAAAGCAAGAUCAAAAGAGCAGCAGCAAAAAUCUGGUUAUCCCUUUGCCCUUCCCCACAUCAGCCCAUUGUAGUUACUGAUACUUUCGUUAAUUCAGUGUGCAAGCCUAUUGAUGUAUGGCAAGUACAGUGUAGGUUUUGGAUUUGUGCAAGGCAACCCUUUUAAUAGGUCAUCUCUGAAACUGCAUUGCGGAUUAAGUAUUGUAAUGCUAAGUAAGCUUUCCGUGUAUAUAAACUUAUCACUUUUGUGUUAAGUAAGAUAUUGGCUUCCCAUAGGUUUAAAUGCUGAGUAUGCUUCUUUUCUGUGUGGGUCUCCUUUCCUAUUUCUCCCUGCAAACUCCCCUGCCCAUGUUUGUGUGAUCUUUGCUUUUUCUUGAAAUUGAUUUUCUGGCUUAUUGAUUUUAAGUAUUCCCCUCUGAAUUUUCUUGCAGGUUGAUGGUCUGUUUAAUAAGGUGACCGUUGCUCUGGUUUUACAUUGGCUUUUUAAAUUUGUGUCCCUAAAACAUAUCUAAGGCUAUUUGGGAGUCUUAACUGUAGCUUUUGCUGAAAAGCAGAAUAAUCUAGCUUUGGUCUAACUAAUACCAUAGUAAAUAUCUCUUCCACAGUAGCUUGGGAAAAAUCCAACCAGACCUAGCUUGCUGUGUGCCCACUAGCUGCAAAGUAGGUCAGAAUUCAGUUGUUUUAGGCACGGCAGCCAAAUUUUCAUCUUUAAGAUGCUUAUCUGCCUACAGUGCCUCCAAUUAUUUGGGAAAGUUUGCAUCUGAAAUGUCCAAAUCUAAUGUCCAAGGUAGUUGAGGCAUCCCAUGGUGGCCUAGCAAGGCCCUAACAAGCUAGUCUUGGGGGGGCCAAAGUGUGUAAAAUGAAGUUCUAAUAAUAAUAAUAAUAAUAAUCCCUUUUUUACACUUGGGAUAUAACUGGGUCUUAGAUCUGAUGAGCGCUACCAUCCUCUUGUCAAGCUGAACUCUGGUUGGAUUUUACAAGUGGCAAGUGUCUACUAAAUAAUUCAGUCUUCCAGAAAGAGCAUGCAUGAAAAGACUGCUUUUAAAAUAAGAACUAAUCUAGUACAUGGAGGUAGUAAUUAAUUGGAGAACGAAUUUCCCCAUUUUUAAUGUAAAUAAUUGUUUUAACUCCCCUCAUGUGUACCUAACAGCAAGAUGUGCAUCCCUGUACCAAAAUACAUGCCUCCUAUUAACAACCUUUUGAACACCCUUAAAAAAAGUAGGGAUAGAAACCGAUAUCCCAGGAGAUAACAAAGGUGGAUAUGCAAGAGGCUGUAGGUGGAAGAUGCAUCCCAGAUCUGACGGGGACUACCUCUUGGGUGUGGGGAGGAGGAGGAGGAGAGCUUAUGAUCAGAUUCCUGGGCCAGCAACCUUUAACAUCCAGUAGGAGUGCUGCAGCUUCUGCUGUGAAGGUAUUACUAUUCUGUUGACAGACCCAUCGUUGAUUGGUGAGUGGGUGGGCAGAUUCCACACUUGCAAGGCCAGAAUGAAGCCAUUAAUAGUAGCUUCCAAGAGGAAAGUUGCUGCAAAUGCAAAAACUAAGUACAGUGGUACCUCUGGUUAAGAACUUAAUUUGUUCUGGAGGUCCGUUCUUAACCUGAAACUGUUCUUAACCUGAAGCACCACUUUAGCUAAUUGGGCCUCCCGCUGCUGCCACGCCGCCGGAGCACGAUUUCUGUUCUCACCCUGAAGCAAAGUUCUUAACCUGGGGUACUAUUUCUGGGUUAGUGGAGUCUGUAACCUGAAGCGUAUGUAACCCGAGGUACCACUGUAGCAGCUAAGGAAACUGGACAUAUCCUAUUCAGUUUCAAGCCAGUAGGUAAACAGUGUCUGGCAGCUUUUAUGAGGCAAUCUUGAAUAUUUAGCUUAGUAAAAGUUAGUAUUGCUGUUGGGGUUAAACCCAGGAUAUAAAUUCCCCCUGCCUUUAGCUUGAAUAUUUUUAUAGUGUUUGAAUGUAACAGCAACCAAGAGAGCUUAAAUUUCUCCUCUUAAUGGGACCGAUUAUGUUAGCAAUAGUACUGGGGUUCCUUCCAGAGAAAAGUAUCCUUUUGGGGGGUGGGUGGGUAACUUCAUCCAAAAAUGGGAAAUCCAAGUGCACCAUUAAAACUUCUGCAAUACAACAAAAUUAAAAGGAAUGCUGCCCAAGUGUACAAGACAUGAAACGGCAAGAAUCCUAAGACAUUCUGGCCUUCACACAGUGGCAGGAACCUAUCGACUGGUAUUACAACCCUGCCUUUUACAUAGGAAUCACUUACAGAAGUUAACUGUAAUUGAAAAAUGUAACUGCAGCCUGGUCCCUGGAUAAGACAGAACUAGACUGAGUGAGGAGUUUAUGCUCACAUCCAAGAGAAUGCAACUGCUCUUCAGCUGUCUGGCUUAGCAAAAAGCAAACCCUCUUCCAGUCUUGGAAAUGCUUCCUCUUGAGUAAACUUCAAUAUUUAAGCUGCUCUAAGCAAUGAUGGUGACAUUACAGUGGUACAUUAAGGAGACAUGCUGACAUGACAGCUUGAACCUAAACAGACUCUUCUGGUAUGACUUUAAAUUUCCAGGAACUUGCCUUCCAAUCCAAAGCAAAGUGAAACCUCAUUGUAAUGGCAGCUGUUAAUGUUGCUUGCAAUGUAUUUGCAGAAACCCCACUAAUUGGCCUGGCAGCUCUGAAUGGACUUGCCGAUCAGAAGGUCGGUGGUUCAAAUCCCCGCGAUGGGGUGAGCUCCUGUUGCUCGGUCCCUGCUCCUGCCAACCUAGCAGUUCAAAAGCACGUCAAAGUGCAAGUAGAUAAAUAGGUACCACUCCUGCGUUUCCGUGUGCUGCUCUGGUUCUCCAGAAGCAGCUUAGUCAUGCUGGCCACAUGACCUGGAAGCUGUACGCUGGCUCCCUUGGCCAAUAAAGUGAGAUGAGAGCAGUAACCCCAGAGUCGGCCACGACUGGACCUAAUGGCCAGGGGUCCCUGCCACUGAAACUGUAUGUUGAUAGUAAAACCAGACCGCAAUAUCCGUAAAAUGCCCAUCAGAUUCUAUAGGUACGGAACAGUUUCUUCCAAUGAGUAGAGAUGUCCAGGUCCUCAUCUACACAACAUGGGGUGAGGACUUGCUUGUCACAUCUGGCCUUGCCUCUUGUUUGCAUAAGCCAAAGAAGCCUUUGAAGUAUCACGUUUCCCUUUGACCAGCUGGGAAGUCUGUUCAGAAUGCAGGCAAAGAAGGGGACCGUGCUGCUCUUUGCCCCCCCCCCUCCAAAAAAGAAAAAGUUGGUUUGGGGAAGAGGAGAAGCUUAACAAUGCAUUGAGUGUGCUGCCUACGUCUCUCUAUCUUUAUCCCUCCAUGUCUGAUGACUAGGUCACCCAGUGCUAGUGGUACAUUGUUGCCCCCAUCCCAGUAAAGCACAUUUUGGGGGAAAGCAGGAAUGAAUAAUAAAUAUAAUAAUAAAAUUUUACUUAUAUCCCGCCCUCCCCAGCUGAAGCCGGGCUCAGAGCGGCUAACAACAGUAAAAUAAUACAGCAUUCUAAAAUCAAUUCAUAAAAUCAGUUCAAAUCAAAUUAAUGGCAACCAUUGGGCUAGAGUUCUGUGAGGAUUACCAAAGGAGAGGGUCAGGCUGUGCCUUGGCCAAAGGCCUGGUGGAACAGCUCUGUCUUGCUGGCCCUGCAGAAAGAUGUCAAGUCCUGCAGGGCCCUAGUCUCUUGUGACAGAGCGUUCCACCAGAUCGGAGCCACAGCCGAAAAAGCCCUGGCUCUGGUUGAAGCCAGCCUAACCUCUCUGUGGCCUGGAACCUUCAAGAUGUUUUUGUUGGAAGACCGUAAGGUCCUCCGUGGGACAUACCAGGAGAGGCGGUCCUGUAGGUACGAGGGUCCUAGGCCAUAGCCAUUGACUUAUGGGUGGGAGGAAGUAACAACAUGCAGUCAGGAACACCAUUGGUGUGAGGAUUAAGCUUGCCUCUGGUGAACUUCAUGCCCAGCACGAGAAACACGUUUCACCUCCCUAUAGCUGUCCAGAUUUUUUAUUUUUUCAGUGCUCUGCCAAUUUGUCCUAAGGGACUAUUGAAGGGGCUCUUUGGGUUAGCUCUGGGUUCUGUUGCUUGAUGGAAUGUGGGAACUGGCUCUUGCAGGUAACGGAUGUUUCGAAAGGUGAAUCUAGUCCGAAGCUCCCUGCGACUUAAUUGUUCUGUGAACUUGACCAUGCAUUUUUGCUUGUGCCACAGGCCAUCCUAUUAAAGAGCUGAUCUCUGGCAGUUGAGCAAAUGCUGAAACUGGACUUAGUUCUGAAAGUAGAAAGUUGUGCUAGAUCCGCUGACACGUUGAGACAUAAAUAUUUUUAAAUGAAAGCUGGAACGGAGGAAACACUUUGGGGGGGGUCGCAGAACUCGGGCGCUAAGAAGUUCCUUCAUGAGAGUUUCCUUUCACUUUACAACUUAGGUGGAUAAACUUGAUGCUUCUGAAAGCCUAAGGAAAGAAGAGGAACAAGUAACUGAACCCACUCCAAUAGUAUUUGGUAGGUGAAGACUUGCUUUCUUUUUGUUAGGCCCUUAACUGAGAAGCGUUUCCAGAAAUCCCAAGUAUUUGUACUUAACAAACCCUCCGUGUGUUAAUGCUGAACUAGAAGAACUUGAGAUUUCUUCAUAGGAUCUAACUAAAAAUCUGUUGCUGCCAGUGACUGCCAUGUCGUCAUCACAAUGUAAUUCAAGAUAUCGGUGUUUCAGAAGAAAUCUAGUUUAUGUUAGGUUUUCUCUCGCUCUCCUGGAAGCAGCUAUGCAGCACAACUUGUUUACUGAAGUAAACUGACUUGAAGAGGGCUUAUUUCCUAGCAAUUCUCUCUAGGAUUGCAGCCUUUACAGAUUCUGGAUGCUUUUCAAAGAGGUUUAUUGGACACACGGACACGCGCGCACACACACACACACACACACACACACACUAUGAACCAGUGUUGGGAUAGAACAGCUAUGCUUUUAAAAUCAUUUCUCAUUUAUAUGAUCCACGAGUGGAGGCUGAACUAGGCAGAUCCUGCUCCUGAAAGCUUGGAAGAAAUUGCAUGGUUGUAGAAAAGUGUGCGGGUGUACAAACGAAGUCCCAUAGAUAUGGAAUAUUACACCACAUUUGGCUCUCGGCCUUUUUUUCCAGUAGAAAACACCCUCUCUAGUUAAAAUGUUUUGCCAUUUCAAGAAGUGUAGUGUUUCUAGAUAGGCAAGGGUAUUCUUGGUAUAUCUGAACUAUGGUAGGGGGAAACCUUCCCUUCUGUGGGUGGCAAGACUCUUUGAAAUUAAAUCUUCUGGAAAAACAGAAUCCCAUUAAGGGAGAAAAUGGUGCUUCUAUUCCAGAAAUGUGUAAAAAGUCUUUAUUUUGGCAAAAGGUAGACUUUAUUGACAAUUGCAUUCUAGGUCCCUCCAUUAAAGGAAGUUCAUGAUGACGAGGUCAGUUCUCUACUGGGAAUGGUUUUCAAUGGGAGUUCAGUUUUCCCAUGCAUGAGGCAUGCGUAGUUUUUUAGUAGAGUUUUAACAAAUGUGUGUCUGGUCUGUGGCAGAAUUAAUAAGCAUAGGCUGGGGAAAUACGACUAACAGAUCUAACUGCAACGUGUUUAAAACUCUUGGCUGUACAAAUGUAUAUCGUAUGGGGUUUUUGGUUUGAACUUUGAAAGAUUCUCUUAAUGUAGUUUUUUCAGGACCUAAUAGGUGCCAGACAAUUGAAACAAAAUCCUGUCUUAGUCACUACUUCACCGCAGGGAAGGAGCAGGGAGGCAUUUACUAUAAAAAAAACACAGAACCCCUGAGCUAUUUUUAUAUCAUAUGGGAGCUGUUCAUUCAAGGAUUUCUCAGGAAGUCUUGGCUGUUUCCCAGUCAUGAAAAGGGGGGCAGGCAGCUCAAACAUGCGGCUACACUGGAAUUUCGAGAACUGUCCCUUGUCCGUCUGCCCUUCUUUUAAAUCUGGAAGGGCCUUAGCUCAGCAGUAGAACCAUUGGGGGGCAUUCAACAAUGUAGACCUGUUGAAAUUACCGGCCCUAACAUAAGUCAUGUUCAUUACCGUAUUUUUCGCCCUAUAGGACACACUUUUUCCCCUUCAAAAAUGAAGGGGAAAUCUGUGUGCAUCCUAUGGGGCGAAUGCAGGCUUUCGCUGAAGCUUGGAGAGCGAGAGGGGUCGGUGCGCACUGACCCCUCUCGCUCUCCAGGCUUCAGGAAGACAUCCGCAGCAUAGGGAGCCCUGCAGGAGUUCCCGCAGGGCUCCCUAGGCUGCGGAUAGCAGCCUGCUUCCCAGAGCGCGGGGCGCGCUGGAAGCAGAGCGCCCGGCGCUUCGGGAAGACACCCGCAGCCUGCUUCCCGGGGUGCGCUGGAAGCAGAGCGCCCGACGCUUCGGGAAGACAUCCGCAGCCUGCUGCACGGAGCGCGGGGAGCGCUGAAGCAGAGCGUCCCGCGCUUCGGGCAGACAUCGGGCAGCCCCACAAGCUCGGGGGACAGCGGGGAGGCUGAGCUCCGCCAUCACGCUGUUUCCCGACCUGGUUUGGAUUCCUUUAUUUCCCCCCCCAAAAAACUAGGUGCGUCCUAUGGGCCGGUGCAUCCUAUGGGACGAAAAAUACGGUAACUGGGUCUCCUCUGAGUAAAACCCACCAAUUACAUUUGUUACCUCUCCCAAGGAGAUUCCCGUCCUCCCCAUUCUGAUCCUUGCAAAGUAAAUCGGAGGCAGAGGUUUUCUCAGGUCGCUCAGUUUCAUGGCUGGGGGGGGGGGAGGAUUCGAACCUGCAUCUUCCACAAUCAUAGUCCGGGAUCCGAGCAAUUGCACCGCGCUGCCUCUCAACACCACACAGGAGAAACCCCAGGUUCAGUCCUUUUGACUUUGCCAGCUUAGGAGUCAGUUCUGGAGAAAGACUCCUCACCUGAGACCUUGGAGCUACUUCCAGUUAGAUUAGGACAGUAUUUACAGUGUUUUUUUUUUAAAUCCUGUAAACCACGCUGUGAUCUGCUGGUGAAGGUCAGUAUGUAAAUUUAAUAAAUAUUUAUAUAUAUACAGAGAAAUAAAGAUGGGCAAAUAGUCUAACAUAGUAUAAGGCAGCUUUGUGUGACGUUAGAGCUGGAAAUGUACCUUUUGCUUUUUCUGUUUCAAUCCUUUUAAAAAACAGACAAACACACCCCUGCAUUUUGAACUGGGAUUUGUUGGGUUCUGUGGGUUGGGGUAUGCAAAAGGCCUUACCUUCCAAGUGACUUAAACGGACCCCCCCCCUCUUGUCUUUCUUCCAGGCCAGCAGCUGAUGCUAACGGCAGGCCCAAACACAGUACCUCCACAGGCAAACUUCCCCUAUGGCUACACGGCGCCAGGAUUCACCCAGCCACCAGUUUACGGUUUCAAUAUGUAACUCGCGCUGCGAGACCUUUAACCGUCUCGGAUCAUCAUUUUCCCGUCCCUCUUUUUUUUUUUUUUACUUUUUCUCCAAGAAGGCACAGAUGACUCCCUGCGUUGGCUUGAAUGCCCUUUUCAGCCCCCCCCUACCCCCCCCUUGGUUCAGAGACACCCAAAGGACACUGUGUUAUUUAUUGCUAUGUCCUGUUACAUUUCAACCUCAAAAGGCAGCUCUCCCCCCUCUCCUUUUAUCUUGUUUUCUGUUAGCGACAUUUCAAGGCUCUGUCUGAAGCGGAGGCAACACUCCAACUAAAACCAACAACCCAGCAAUAACUUCUGGGGGCUAGGAGGAUUUCUGGUGGUGGUUUUGGGCGUUUUAGUGCUGCUUUUUCCCUCUCUCUCCUUCCAGGGUCCUCUCUCUAGCCACGUGCAUGCCGGGGCGUCCUCUGGCACCAAGCUGUUAACGUGUUAAAAAGUACUGUAACAGAUGAAGCCGAACCUUCCAACUGGUGGGAUAUAUGAAAAUUGUAUGUAACACACACCUUCUCCCCAUUUGUUUGUAGCGCUGUGCAAAAAAAAAAAAGGAACUAAAAAGUGUAUUUGGGGGCGACAGGGGGGAGAGGUGACACAGUUUACAGAAUGUUGCAAAAAAAAAAAAAGCAUCUAUGCCUUCUGGAUUUUUUUGUGUUUUUCUUUUCUUUUUUUUAAAAAAAAACCUUCCUUGGAGAAUAAAUUGGAUCAUAUCUCAGAGCAGACACUCCCCAUAUUUUUUGUUCCUGUAGUAAGUAAUAGCAUGAUACUCAUUGGCAUCAAAUGGUACACAUUUUCAACAACAUAACUUGGCUAUGUGACUUUUUUUUCUUGACAAGCAAAUGUCAAAGAGUGUGUUGCCUGGGCAGCCAUAAGUAUUGUAAAUGUGUGCGGCAGAGAGGACCGUGUUGGUAAGAAACAUAGCUGUCAACUUUCCCCUUUUUUAAAGAGAAAUUCCCUUAUUCCGAAUAGGAUUUCUCGCAAGAAAAGGGAAAAGUUGACAGCUAUGGUAAGAAAUGAGUUUGGAGUCCCCGGGAAGUAGGGGUGCACCUCCUUGCGUGACUUCAAGUCUCACCUUGAAAGCAAGUCUUCUGCUAUGCUGGCUGUAUUUGACCUGAAACUCUAAAGCAGGCGUAGGCUGCUCCUAUCAUCCCUAACCACACCAUGCUGGCUGAGAUGAGCUGGAGAGUCCACAGCAUCUGGAGGACUCCAAGUUCCCAAUUCCUGCUGUAAAACCCUCCGGGCGUUCGGAGAUACCUUUCUGAGCCGGCAACAGCUCCAAUUCCCAUCCACCCCACCCCUCUUCUGGCUCUGUGCAGGAAUUCUGUGAGAUCAGAUGGUCUGCCCACCAAAUGCACUCUCGCUUUUCUUCUUCUUCCCAAUAGAGAAUGCCAACAGGGAUGUUACUACUUUGUGCCACUCUUCAGAGACAUAUAUCAUUAACAUUUUAUGUACUUAAAACUAGAUAAUGUAUAAUUUAUGGCUAUGACUCUUGUGCUAAUCAUGGAUAUUAUGAAAAUCCAAUUAUAAACAUAAAUCAAACCAG